CUGGACAGCGCAACUGGGAAUGAAGGAGAAAGACUCAUAGUCGAGUUGGGAAGACGACAGACCACACAAGGGCUGAUGGCAAGUGGCGGCUGUUGAGGCUCUUGGGAAAAAGAGGUGGAGAGGUGGAGAACUGUAUGUUGGGUUAACCACCCAACAGCUGACAGGUUAUGGUUAUUUGAAUUUAAUUGAAGUUAAUAAAGCUGUGACUGUUGCCCUUAUCCACAAGAAAAGUGUGUGGUGUCUUAUUGGGAGGACAACGGGAGAAAGGAGUAUGGGUCAGCAGUCAUGUUUUUAGGUUGGAGUGACCCUUUAACAACUGCUUUUCUGGCAGAGACAUUAAUUCCUUAUUCAUGAGAUGCCAGGAAGAAUGUAGAGAUGCUCUCUAAGAGCAGGAUACAGCAUGUGACCGGAUACCAGUUUGGGUAGUGCAGGUUUAACCUGUCUUCUAACCAUGUCAUCAGUAAAAGACUGACAGACUGACUCACCAUGUUUAUUAGGGGAUGUAGACAAGUGUAAUCAGUCUAAAUUACAUCAUUUCACAUGACUGCUACCUUGGUCAAAAGUAUCUAUGCAACUGAUACAAGUCAUGUAAUCCUAUUGAUAUCAAAUAAUUAGUGCUAUUAGUUAUGCUUAUUCUACAUCUCAUUCACAGCAAGUAAAAGGGAACAUUCCAGGGUCCUUAAGUACAGUGUGUUAUAGCUGCAACUCUCUGUGAACGCCUUUUAGCCAUCACCUCCAAAUUUCCCCUGCUACCUCUUGACUCGAAUCCCCACGGUAUCCUUUAGAUUGUAAGGUCACGGGCUAUCUAGCUAAGCACUUUGUAUGAAAGAGCUUCAAUGGCUAGAUAUCAGCUUAUGGGCAGGGCCCUCUCUACCUUUUGUAUUUGUCUGUAUAUAUUGUACGUCCUCCACUAAUUGUACAGCGCCGCAGAAUCUGUUGGCGCUUUAUAAAUACCAGUAAUAAAUAAAUAAAAAAUAGAAAUUAUGGGACCUGGAGGGCCCACCCCUAAUUUAUGUAGUCAAACCGUUUCUGCAAAACGGCAGUGUUUUACCUUGAAUGGUUAAAUCGACAGGGCAACUGCACCCUGAGGAAGUUGCCAGGUGAAUUUAGUGGUCCUUUAAUAUACAAUUUAAAGAAAACAGAACAUUACAUGACAAAAAGUGGUUUCUACUUUUGUUUUUUUUAAAUCCAGAAAAGUUACACUUCCUCUUCAAAGAGACACUAUAGUCACCAGAACCACUACAGCUUAAUGUAGUGGUUCUGGGUUAUAUAGCCUGUCUCUGCAGGCUCAGCAGAGUACACCAUGGUGACGUCAGUGGUCUUACUUGUUUCAAUAUCCAAUAUAGGAGACUGCACUCCAUUCAUCCAAUUACUUAGAUACAUGAAUGUCUUGAAAAAGUCCUGCGGGAUGAAGCACUUACAUACAGACGCUCUAGACAUCUCAUAGAUUGUAUGCUUGUUUGAGCAGUGCCUUCGUCACCUCUUAUCUUUAUGUUCCGUAUCUUAACUACUUGUUAAAUAUUCCCAUUUUAUAAACUGUAAAGCUCUGCGGAAUAUGUUGGCUCUAUAUAAAUGAUAAUAAUAAGUCAUUCCUGCACAGGGGCUGUUUGUGAUAGAGCGCACGUUUUAACUGGAGAACAUUGUUUACAUGAUUGCCUGCUUGUUUGUGCACUUAUACUGGCAGAGAAGCUCUUUACCAUUCUUUAAUGCAUGAGGAGGUGCAAAUCCAUUUAGGAAAGCACUGAUUCAAUGCUUUUCUGUGGGGAAGGCCUAAUACGCGUGCAGAACUUGCUGUGCAUAAAGUUCCCUCCAUCGACAGUCUGCGAAAAGAUCUCGGCUCAGGUAAAUGUAAAGAGGGGUUUUAACCCUUUAUUUGCCAUCAAGGUUGGGUGCAAAGUGACACUAUAGUGGUAGAGACACAAUGAAGUGGUCUGGUUACCACUAGAGAUGUCGCGAACCGUCCGCGAACUUCCCGCGAACGGUUCGCCACGAACCGUUCGUGGCGAACUCCGGUCAGCUGACACAUCCCUGCCAAUCUCCAGCAGACCCUCCCUCCCAGACCCUCCUACUUCCUGGACAGCAUCCAUGUUGAAGGCAGCUUCAACAUGGAUGCUGUCCAGGAGGUGGGAGGGUCUGCCAGAGAUUGGCAGGGAUGUGUCAGCUGACCGGAGUUCACCACGAACAGUUCGUGGCGAACCGUGGCAAACAGUUCCCCGGGAAGUUCGCGGCAUCUCUAGUUACCACAUGUCCCCUGUUUUAAACCUGAAACCACAAUGCUUUCAUUGUUUGGUUAACCUGCUUCUAGUGGCUGUCAGUAUGACCGACACUAGAGGAAUUUCUGUAAAAUAACAGAGUAAAAUUCUGCUCUGCACUAAAGUGGUCUGUGACCCUUCACGUAAAAAAACUCUUAACCCUGGCAGCGCUUGGCCCAGUCAUCUAAACAAUAUCGUGUUAGGAAUACACAUUUGCAUUCAUAACACUAUAGUGCUUAUUUAAAACAACUGAUAUUAGAGAAGGGCAUGGUAUGUAAAAUUAUUUUUAGAUUUUUUUUUUUCCCCGUAAUUUAUUUUAUUUUUUUUAUUAUUAUUAUAACCAGCACAAUGCUACAUUUAAGAAGCCUUGGUUCAUAAGGGGUUAAGGAACGCUUUCUGAACAGCGCCACCUAUUGAACGUGUAAUCCCAGCGCAUUAGCUGCGUCACCACGUGCUCCCUCUACUGACGCCCAUCAUGUCAUUUUAAGUACGUCAUUUCUGCAGCGUUAUGGGGCGUGGUCAGACUUCACCCCGCCCGGAUCCCUUGUUCUACCCGUCAGCCAAUCGCCGCGCAGUUCGAAGCCGGGGUGUGACUGACAGCAUUUGUGUUUUUUUUUUUUUUUAUCCCAGCAUGCCCCGCGGGGCGGUUUGAAUGGCGGCUACACUGUGAGGGGAGUGAGAGUAGCGCUGUACUGAGGGUCUGAGCGGAGCCGGUGGCUGGAUUAGUGUGCUGUACCCCGCGGCGGGGCCAUGAGCCGGUAAGGAGCCUGGCUGGGGGUUCGUAGCCCGCUGCCCGGCCUGUGUGAAGCGCUCUGUAGAGUUGGGCUGGGUAGGCCGAGUGGGAACUGCCCAUUGCAGAGCAUUGUGUUUACAUCCUGUAUACAGGAACCUGGCAGCAGCCCUGCACAUCCUCAUAGACAUCAUAGACACUGUAUUCAAUGCUCUGUCUGUAUACAGGAACCUGGCAGCAACCCUGCACAUCCUCAUAGACACUGUAUUCACUGCUCUAUCUGUAUACAGGAACCUGGCAGCAGCCAAGCACAUCCUCAUAGACAUCAUAGACACUGCAUUCACUGCUCUGUCUGUAUACAGGAACCUGGCAGCAACCCUGCACAUCCUCCUAGCCAUCAUAGACACUGUAUUCACUGCCCUGUCUGUAUACAGGAACCUGGCAGCAGCCAAGCACAUCCUCAUAGACAUCAUAGACACUGUAUUCACUGCCCUGUCUGUAUACAGGAACCUGGCAGCAGCCCUGCACAUCCUCAUAGACACUGUAUUCACUGCCCUGUCUGUAUACAGGAACCUGGCAGCAACCAAGCACAUCCUCCUAGCCAUCAUAGACACUAUAUUCACUGCUCUAUCUGUAUACAGGAACCUGGCAGCAACCCUGCACAUCCUCAUAGACACUUUAUUCACCUCUCUAUCUAUAUACAGGAACCUGGCAGAAGCCAUACAUAUCCUCAUAGUCACGGUAUUCACUGCUCUGUCUGUAUACAGUUUAUACUGAGCCAGUACCAGCCAUGCACAUCCUCAUAGUUGUCAUAGACACUGUAUUCACUGCUCUGUCUGUAUACAGGAACCUGGAAACAGCCAUACACAUCCUCAUAGACCCUGUAUUCACUGCUCUAUCUGUAUACAGUAUAUACAGAGCCGGUACCAGCCCUGCACAUCCUCAUAGUCAUCAUAGACACUGUAUUCACUGCUCUGUCUGUAUACAGGAACCUGGCAGCAGCCCUGCACAUCCUCAUAGACACUGUAUUCACUGCCCUGUCUGUAUACAGGAACCUGGCAGCAGCCCUGCACAUCCUCAUAGACACUGUAUUCACUGCUCUAUCUGUAUACAGGAACCUGGCAGCAGCCAAGCACAUCCUCAUAGACAUCAUAGACACUGCAUUCACUGCUCUGUCUGUAUACAGGAACCUGGCAGCAACCCUGCACAUCCUCCUAGCCAUCAUAGACACUGUAUUCACUGCCCUGUCUGUAUACAGGAACCUGGCAGCAGCCCUGCACAUCCUCAUAGACACUGUAUUCACUGCCCUGUCUGUAUACAGGAACCUGGCAGCAACCAAGCACAUCCUCCUAGCCAUCAUAGACACUAUAUUCACUGCUCUAUCUGUAUACAGGAACCUGGCAGCAACCCUGCACAUCCUCAUAGACACUUUAUUCACCUCUCUAUCUAUAUACAGGAACCUGGCAGAAGCCAUACAUAUCCUCAUAGUCACGGUAUUCACUGCUCUGUCUGUAUACAGUUUAUACUGAGCCAGUACCAGCCAUGCACAUCCUCAUAGUUGUCAUAGACACUGUAUUCACUGCUCUGUCUGUAUACAGGAACCUGGAAACAGCCAUACACAUCCUCAUAGACCCUGUAUUCACUGCUCUAUCUGUAUACAGUAUAUACAGAGCCGGUACCAGCCCUGCACAUCCUCAUAGUCAUCAUAGACACUGUAUUCACUGCUCUGUCUGUAUACAUUAAAUACUGAGCGAGUGCCAGCCAUGCACAUCCUCAUGGACACUGUAUUCACUGCUCUAUCUGUAUGCAGGAUAUACUGAGCCAGUACCAGCCAUGCACAACCUCAUAGACAUCACAGACACGGUAUUCAUUGCUCUAUCUGUAUACAUUAUACUGAGCUGGUACCAGCCACGCAUAUCCUCAUAGUCAUCAUAGACACUGUAUUCACUGCUCUAUCGGUAUACAGUAUAUACUGAGCCAGUACCAGCCCUGCACAUCCUCAUAGUCACUGUAUUCACUGCUCUAUGGUCUGCGCUAUCGGUAUACAUUAUAUACUGAGUGACUACGAGCCCUGCACAUCCUCAUAGACACUGUAUUCACUGCUCUGUCUGUAUACAGGAACCUUGCAGCAGCCAUGCACAUCCUCAUAGACACUGUAUUCACUGCUCUAUGGCCUGCGCUAUCUGUAUACAUUAUAUACUGAGUGAGUACCAGCCCUGCAAAUCCUCAUAGACAGUGUAUUCACUGCUCUAUCUGUAUACGUUGUAUACUCAGCAGGUACCUGGCAGAAGCCCUGCACAUCCUUCUAGUCACUGCUUUAGUAACUUGUCUACCUGUAUAUAUGGUUUGCUGAGUCAGUACUAGGAGCUGCAAUAAGUAACAGCCCUUCAUAUCCUCAUAUUCACUGCUCUGUGUACUUCUGUCUGUACGUUGUAUACAGAGCCAGUACUAGAUGCUGCUUUAAAAUUAUGUUUUUGCUUUGAUAAUUUUUUUUUUUUCCUGUAAAGGUAUUUUAAGGAAUGUAUGUAAUUAAUUACAUGAAGGUUUAUACACUAAAGGAUUCUUUAAGAAUUGUUUUCUAGUUUCUAUUUUGGAAUUAAAGCGUAGUAACUUUAUCUUAAUAGUUUAUUCUUAACUGAAUAACUAUUAAUGUUACACAGUCGCUUAAAAAAGAAGAAACAAGAAAUUAUAUAUAUUCAUAUGUGUGUGUGGUUGCAGCCUGACUAAUUUAACUUCAAUUUUAAAGCAGAAUUGUCACUUCCAGUGAAGGCUGAAUAGCAGACACAAAGAAUUACCAAUGCUGUCAGUAUUUUCUGAAAUGCACUUCUAUUCCUGGAACUGUCAGUAUCUGUAUUUGCAAGCUGAUUGUAACAUGCAUGUUGAGAUCUGAUCUUUAUAGCCUAUUAAGACAGUUGUUCUUCAUCUUGGGACAGUUUUGUUUUGUAACUGUGUCAGUACGUCGUUCCUUGUGGCAAACCUAGCCACUUCAGAUUAUGCGGUUAUAUGUCUAAGGGUUGUCCUAGAAAAGCUGGUCAAAUUCUGUGAGUUUAUGUAUUCCCUUAUAACUGUAAUAGAGGGCAUUCGUAUGCUAGCUACACGAAAGCCGCUAGCAUCCAUAUGGUAGUUUCACGAACAGUGACUUUCAACACUGUUCGUGAAACGAACAAAGUACUGAAUGGGAGCCCACACACAGUGUGGCUCCCAUUAACCGAUUGCAACAUUGUAUCAAUCGGCUGCUAAUUGAUUCCCAGGGUGGCCGUCAUUCGGAUACCGACCACGCGGCGGCGGCCAUCUUUGAUUCCCUUUUAGCUCAGCGGUGUUUGGUCGUCGAGUGCCUGGAACUAAAAUUGGCUACUCGAUGGUGCGAACACCCCUGGACUUCCAGGCCGCUCAGGCGCGCAGGUCUUUCGGUACUUUCUUCCAACCUAUGUAUUCGUGACUUUUCUGAAUAGCUGAUGUUAAAAUGUAUUUUAUGCGGCGUUUGGUUAAUUGUGCUGGGAUCUGAGCGGUACUUUCACAAAGUGUGCGCUCAGACCCCAGCUAUCUGCCGAACGGUCAUUCGGUACAAUGGCACGAAUAAAAUAAAAGUUACAGAUUUUUAUGUGAAAAGCCGGUUCUGCUGUACGGAGGGAUAAUUCACUUAACAAGAUAAUUUUUGUGGGAGUAUCCCUCUCGUACAGCAGGGCAUGGUGGGAGAAAUGUCCUGCAUGUUCAGUUCCCCAUAUAGUCCUCUACUGUAUAACCCCUGUAAAGUGGUUAAGGAAACCCCUUGCUUGGGGAACCACAUAAAUACUGGAGCUUGUGAAUAAAAUCGUCAGUUGACUCCUAGAACUGUGGUUAGUGAAUGCAGCCUCCCUCAGAUCGCUCCCAGCUAGCAAUCAACUUGAACACAAGAAUAUACAAAACACAACGAGGGAACCGGCUGAUUGUCUAAAUGAAGAUAAAUAAAAAGAGGUAUAGUGUAAUACAGUUUUAAAAUAUUAACACUGCGCAAUAUGAAAUGCACUCACAGGAUAUUGGACAGUUCAGGCAUAUAUGGUGCCACCCCUGAUGAUAUGGGGGGCUAGAGAAAUCCCCUGGACACUUCCACUCCAAAUGCAGGACUCCAGGUGAAGAUAUGAAAAAAGCGGCUUUAAUUGUUUAAAAAUAUAAAAUAGAUACAAAUAAAGGUCCUACGCGUUUCGUCCCUUCUACAGAAUAUGGGACUUCCUCAGGGACCAAAAUAUUAAAAUAACAAUCAAUGCAGUACAAUCACAAAAACACCAGUGGAGUCCUGCAUUUGGAGUGGAAGAGUGGAAGUGUCCAGGGGAUUUCUCUAGCCCCCCAUAUCAUCAGGGGUGGCACCAUAUAUGCCUGAACUGUCCAAUAUCCUGUGAGUGCAUUUCAUAUUGCGCAGUGUUAAUAUUUUAAAACUGUAUUACACUAUACCUCUUUUUAUUUAUCUUCAUUUAGACAAUCAGCCGGUUCCCUCGUUGUGUUUUGUAGACUCCUAGAACUGUGUUUCGUCCGGUUACUGUGGGGAUUUGUGAUAUUGCCUUCCUUUUCAGCGCUUUCCUUGGAUUACCUUCUUUUUCCAGCGGAGAUAUUGGGAUUUAAUAUUGCAGCUCCGCUACAUUCCUCCCUAAUAGUUUAUAGGGUUACUCCAAGCAUCGUGAUCAAGGUGCCUUAAGUUUGUAUGCACAGCAUUUUGCUGAAACGCAACAGUGCUGAUAUGGAGAUUAACUUCUCUGAUGUCAGAGGUGUAAGGAACUUCCAGUGUGGCUAAUGUAAAUUCUGCACAUAUUUGUACACACAGAGUUGCUGUCAGCUAUUGCUCUCGGUCAGUGUAUGUCCGGUAUGAUCCGCAUUCGGCUUCUGAAACUCUGCAGAAGCUGCGUGCAUGUAACUGGCCAUUGAGGACCGUCAACAACCAGCUGAGCCGUAUGUAAGAACAUAUUUUUACAAAAGUUUGCCCCAUUACUGGCAAACAAGACCAGGGUACUCCUGGCAGCAUAACCACCUCAGCAGGCUGUAGUGUUUAUGAUGCUUGGAGUAACCCUUUAAGGAUGUAAGCACUAUACUGUGAAUUAUGCAAACUGAAAAUUGUGAAACUUGGACCAAAAUAGUUGACUUGGAAAAAUCAUAGCUAAGCAGCGUGUUGAAUAUGCAGUUUUUGUUUUGUUUUCUGCCUUGGUAUAUAUUAUUAGAUAAUUCCCUUCAUUGUGUAACUUGUUGCAGCUUUGAUAUUAUCACUAUUAAAUUAGCACUAUCCCAUUCUUUGAAUUUUUUUUUUUGCAUUCUUCAUUAGAAAAACCCAUGAAGACUUUGCUUGAAUUACAUAUACAAAUACUUUUUUUCUUGUGGAAGUGACAGUAUUGUCAUUCUGGGGUCAAGUACUUAAAAAAUAUAUGAUGCAAAGACCCUAAUUCCACUUUAAGCAGUUUAGUUGAGCACAUUUGGACAUGGCUCUCGGAGUGAUCCCUUCUGUUUUGAGAGGUAAUUCUGGCUGGAAUUGACCCUUUUUGUUUUAAAUGCAUUUAGAAAACGUAUACCAUAAUUGCCCAUAUUUUCGUUUCCCUAAUCUAGGCCAUGGCAGCACUACAGAUGGGAAUAGCUCCUCCCACUUCUCAGUUGGACAGGAACACCUUCUAAAUAAACCAUACAAGCAUGGUAUACAUUUUCUGUUUUUCCAGAUAUAUCCAUGGCAGCACUAGAGAUGGGUUAUACCCAAGCUGAAAGGUACAAGGGAGGGAAAGGAAAACAAAACAUCAAUAUUAAUGCAAAGGAAAACCUUUUAUUUACAAAAUUCACCAUAAGGAAGAAAAAAAGAACACUUCUGCCAAAUUAUGAGGUAGAAGACCUGGCUACAUCCAGCUGAUAAUGAUGGAGGAAGGUGUUAAAUGAGGACCAGGUUACUGCUGAACAAAUGUGGCCAGGAGAAAUAUUGGGCCAGCGGUCUGGUGGAAUGAGCUUGAGGACCUGAUGGAACUGGAACACCAGUAGAUUCGUAAGCUUGAGUAAUCACUGAGCUUAUCCACCGGCCAAUAGAAGAAGUAGAGGCAGCUUGACCCAUCUUGUAUCUUGAAUGAAUGAACAAAGUAUGACUCAAUCUUCUUGUAGGAAAGGGGGAUUUGCAUGAAAGAGCCUUAAUCUCUGAGAUCCUGGUUCCUGAAGUAGGUGCCACCAGUAGGACAAUUUUGACAGUCAAAGUUAAGAGGAAGUUCGAAUGGAGUACCAGACAAUGCUUGUAACACGUGUCAAGUCCCAUGGAGGAGAGUGGACUUCAUUGGAGGGUGGAGUUUUAGGACCGCUUGAAAAGAAUCUGCCAAUAUCUGAAUCAAAUGCCAGCUUCUGAUCUAAAAAAGCAGAGAGAGAUGCAAUCUGCAUUUUCAAGGAAAUGAGGCUAAGACAACUUUUGAAUCCAUCUAGACUUAAAGAAUAUUACUGGGGGAUUGAGGCGGGAUCUCAUGGACAACUCACUAGUUACUGAAAAUGCCUUGUAUGCAUUGAGUAAGGGGUCGCUUACUAAUGCAGAGAAGCCUUUCUUUGAGAAGCAUUGCCUUUCAAUUUCCAUAUCAGUUUCAUUGAAUGUGGUGCAGUACACCGGGCCCUGGUGUAGUAGAUGAUAAUGGCAUGACAGAUUCAUAGGGAAGUUUUGCUUUAGAAACGGAAACUGGAGAAGAGCUUGAAAUACUGCUUGUAAAUCCAAGACAUUUGAGGAUUAAUGAAAUAGUUUGUUUUCAUAGACUUUGGAUGUGUUGAGAGCCCAGGUAUGCUCCCCAACCGUUGACAAGCAUCUGUUGUCAAAGUGACCCUAUGAAUGUUGCUCAGAGGGAAUCCUCAAUACAAGUUCUGAUCGACCGCCACCAUGAGAGUUCCUUCUUGACUCUGGUUGAUAUAAUAUUACUUGUUUUAGUUCUUUGCUUGUGUACUGGGAAAGAAACUUUGAUAAAUAUUUAUAUGCCAUUGGCCCACCUUGUAAGAACUAUUGUUGAGGACAAACAUCCUAGAAGGCUCAUGAAUUCCCUUGCUGGAACUGAUCUGUGAGAAAAAGUUUUUAUGUUCGACUGUAUCCUUUUGUCUUCUGUCUGUGGAUAGGGAUACUUGUGGCUUUCUUGUCGGAUCUUGCUCCCAAGUACAUCAUUAUCUGUGAUGGGGAAAGCUGGCUCUUGAAGUUGAUAAUCCAACCAAACUUCUGGAGGAGAAGAUGAAAUCAAUCUUGAAUUUUUUUAAACACAGCUUUGGGUUUAGCUUGUGUAGAGCCAGUACUGGUCUCCAUUUUUCUGAUGCUUUUGCUGUCCAAAAAGGCCUUCUUGAGGAACCAGACAAAUAACACCUUCUGCUGAAAGGCAAGUUAUGAAAGAAUGAAGAGCUUCUGCCUUCUCUGGUUCUGGUGGUAUCUUUUGACAAAAAUCAAGGUUGAGGUGUGGACAAUUCCAUUAAAUAACCGCUCUUUAAAAUCUUUAGGACCCAAUUGUCUUAAAUUGAUUGAGCCCAGACAUUGAAGAAAUUUAGAAGUCUUGCUCCCACUCCAUCAACUGGACUGGCAUCCCAUCCGCAUUGCUCGCCAUCUAGUAUUUCUUGAGCAAGAAAAACCUCCCUUCCAUCAAGUUGGAGAACUCUUUACUGUGCUUGUAACGUCUGUACGCCUAAUCAAUAAAGGAAUGUGUCUCUUUGGAAAGGAUCUCUUUGUUUGUCUUGCGAAAGAAAAGCUUUGUCCUACAGCUCUUUUUAUACAUUCGUCCAAAUGCUUGCCGAAAAGCAUAUCUCCUUGAAAGGGCUGGGUGCUAUUUUUAGAGGACGAAUCUGCCACCUAAUUCCAUAACCAAAGAGCACAUCUUGAUACUACUGAAAGAACCAUGCACCUUGAGCUGGACUUAACCAGAUCUAUAGAAGCAUCAAAUGAGAAAUCAACAGCCAGCUUAAAUUUGAAUAGAGACCCUAUUUUCGGGAUUCUUCCAUUCCUCUUUAAUCAUGUCUCCAGUGGCUUCAUGCAGAGGGAAAGUAGGAUUGCGCUUUCUCAGGUCUGCAAAGUGUUUACUUGAGCCCAGUUGUUACUCCAUCUUAUCACUGAGAUCCAAGGUGUCAGAAACCGCCUUAAUUAAAGCUUCAAUCUUUCUAUUAUCCAUGAAGACAGAUGAAAAUUCAUCUUCAAGGACCGGAAGCAUCUCUUCAUCUAAACUGAAGUCAAAAUUCCAUUCAGGAUCUGUAUCUUUUCUUGGCUAUUUCUACCUAUUCAAGACCUCUGAAACUGGUGAAUGUAGGAGAGUAGAUCCAUACAUCAGGCUCUGUGGGACCAGCUGCUGCUUUACGAAAUGCCAAGUCUCCUCAGACAACAUUUAAUCACGGGCUUUACACAAGGGGGUCUUAUCCUUCUUUUUAUAUGAGUAGAACUAAAAAUCCAGCUAAAAAUCAGACCGGAGAAAUGUACUUUUUUUUUUUUUUAAAUAUGUAUUUUAGUAAUACAUUAAAUUAAGUAACUUACUACGAACCUCGUAAUUGCGACCUAAUUUUUGACAAGUGACCGGGGGACUCUAUCUUGAAAUGAGCAGCUAGAAAAUAGGUUUCUAGCGCCCAUGUCCAGUACGAAAUACACAUUUUAAAAUAUAUUGAAAAACAGAGAUUUAGGCGCUCACUAGAAUAACAACAUAAGAGGCAGAAGUGAAUCAGCAGGGCUUCCCAAUACCUGCUUGUGGUGACCCAAAGUAGAAAAUAAACAAAAUGGUGGACCGCGCUAAAGGAUACUCAAAGUGGCUAUAAUAAGAUGUUUUAUACAUACAUACAUAUAAGUAAUCCUGACAAUGUAGCGGAUUGUACGACCCUCAAAAGAGAUAGAAACAGAACAAAAUAACAGUGUAAUAUAUCAAAUAAUUUUAGCACACAUAUGUAAAACCAGAUAGAAGACUAACUCACAAUUUGCAGAGCUACUAAGAGCUCUGCUGUAUAGCGCCUGGACUAAUUCCCGUCUAAUUAUCACCUGGUACUAUUAGACCUGAGUAAGCCACAAAAGAAAGGUGCAAAACAUCCUAUGUCCAAGAGACACGGACAGGAAAAUAGACUGAGGGGACAGCGGAGGGAGUCUCUUUUGUUUAAAAAGGAUAUGUUUCUGUUAAAUUGAGAAGUUGGGAGUAGCUAUACCCAUCUGUAGUGCUGGCAUGGAUAUAUCCAGGUAAGAAGUUUAAAAAAGAAAUUUUACAUCUUGAAAUUACUUUUGCAAGAAAACCUAGCAGCACUACCCAGUCCAGGAAGGGAACAGCCAUUCAGGAUGGGUGUAGUAUCUUUACUGCAAAUGCUGCCCAUAUUGCAUGAAUCCUAUUCCUUGCUCUAACGUUUUUCAGAACAUAGGUUUCUGUGCUUAUCAGCUUUCUCCUUAAAGGAACACCAACGUUGGGAAUGCAAACCUGUGGUGUCCUGCUCCCUGCUGUGAGUUUGAAUUGUGAGUUUUAAGAAAAUGAUCGCCCUCGGCGAUCUCCAUAAAGGUGCUCCAACUCUUUGGCUGAACUAGUCUGUGUAGAUGAUCUUGGAUAAUUCAGUGUUUCCACCUUAGGAAAAACAUUGGGAGGCUAGUGUGCAUGCGCCACAAAACGCACCGAUCAAAUGGUCUAAAGCCAUCUGAUUGAAAUAACAGAGUUUAACUCUACUGUUUGGGUGGAAGCACCUCUAGUGGUUGUCCGUAUGAUGGUCUAGACACAUUACUAGAGGCAUGUAAGCCCUGUAAUGGAAAGAUAGCAAUGACAGCAAUGUUUUCAGCUGCUGGGUUAAAACCUCAUGGACAUGGCACCCAGUCCUUUUUAAAAUGGUUUAACAUAUUGUUUUCCCUCACCGAGACUCUGUGCUUAGGCCUGCUCCACCACCCCGCAUUUUUUAUUUUUGGAGGCAUGGCUUCCUCAGAAGACAGCCAUUAAAGCGGUGUUUAACCCCGCAGUGUAAAUAUUUCCUUUUUUUAUUUUUUAUAAUUCUUUAUUUUUCCGAGACAGGUCAGCGUAAUACAAUACAUGCAUGACAGUGUUGUCAGAUAAAAACAUAGAUAUCCCCACGUACAGCAACAGCAUAAGUCAACUCCUUAUCGGUGUAGUCCAUCAGAGGGCUACACUGCGAUUAACGACUGGACAUAGCUUGCUCUACAUCUCGUCAUACUAUAUACUUUGUAUCGACUUUAUAGUGCUUAUCCCGUCUUGGUGUUUUUAAAUUCUGUAUUUUUGUAUUGAUGUGCUAGAAUGCGAGUAGUCGUCCGCUGUUACAUUCGAUAAAUAACAGUUAACAUAUAUAUCUUUGUCAAAUAAAGCUUAACUUAACUAGUGAUACGUGAAUAUCAAUUGUCAUAUCUAAUUUGUGGUUUUAUAAUCUGUUCCCGCUUUUUACUUUAGUUAUCUUAUGAUAGUCACUAUUUCACUCUAUCAUCAGAGUCUGCCUGCAUUGGUGUUAUGAGUAGUAGGUAACUGCACCCAAUUCUUAUGUUCCACGUUUGUGAUAUAGGACUGUCACUCAGAAUGCCUUAUGGUAGUCAAUACUUUGAUUUUCAUGGAACAUUAGAGCGUGAUCAGAAAGAGUGAGAAAGAGAAAAAAUUUAAAGAUUUGGAAAGAUAGAGAUUGGGCGGAGAGUAAAUAGUUAGUCAUUCGGAUCGUGUUCGUAUUUAACUUCCUAAAAUUGAGUUUUCCCAUGGUUCCCAGAUCUUCUGAAAAGCUUUUUGGGUGCCCCGUAUCCUAGCCUUUAGGUUGUCCAUCAAGUGGACCUCUUUUAUCCUAUUUAUCACCCCUGCUAUGGAUGGUGUGCCUGGUUGAAGCCACUCUGAGGCUACUGCUCUCCUAGCCGCUAAUGUAAUUUUGUGGAUGAGCUUUUGCUCAUGCCUAGUCCAUCCAUCUAUGGAUCUGCUUAAUAAGAAUAGCCAUGGAUUUAGGUCUGGAGCUCUAGAGAAGACCUGUGACAAUAGGGCCUGUAUCCGGUUCCAAAAUAUAACCCAUCUGUGGGCAUUCCCACCACAUGUGGAUGUAUGUCCCCCUCAGACCGCAACCCCUCCAGCACACGUCCGUUGGAGUUUUUCAUUUGAUGUAAUUUAACUGGUGUAGUAUACCAGCGAAGCAUAGUUUUUACAGAUUGUUCCUGAAAGGGUAACGCACACGGAUGAGAUAUGGUUAGCCUCCCAGAUCUCUUGCCACUCUAUGCCUUCCAGUAUUUCCCCUAAAUCUCUCUCCAAUUGAUCCGUGUAAGCUAGCUUCUGAACAGAGGUGGACAUACAUGAGCAUUAUCAUGCCUUUAGGUAUAGUUUCUUGAAGGCAAAUGCGUUCAAAAAAACGUCUGUUGCCGGGCCGCCAUUUUUACGUGUGCUAAUUGUGCAUAAUCUUUAAAUUGUAUGUAUCUAAAGAAGUCUGAGGGGGCUAGGUGGCCCCGCUGUUGUAAUGUAUCAAAGGGGAUGACCUCUGUUCCCUGGUAUAGUUGGCAGAUGCAUUGUAACCCUAUUUGUUUUACGUUUUUGAAGUCUCUUGCGGUCAUUCUGGGAGUAAAGGCAUUAUUGCGUAGGUAUGGUAUUAGGGGAGACUGGUCAGAUGCUAAGUGAAAUUUUUGUUUAAGGGAGUCCCACAUCCUCAAGGAGUCGCUGUGUAAUAUAUAUUUGGGAGGCCUAGUUCCCCUCUCGUCUUUGGUCUAUAUAAAAUGUAUCUGGAGAUUCUGUACUUUUUGUUCUGCCAUACGAAGGACCCUAUCGCCCUCUGCAGAGGUUGUAAUGACGAUUUGGGCACGGGGAUGGGCAGCGCCUGAAACAAAAACAGAAUUCUAGGCAAAAUAUUAAUUUUAACAGCGUGAAUUGUUCCUAUCCACGAAAUUGGCCUGUCCACCCAUGUCUCAAUCUCUCGUGUCAGCUGUUUCAGCAAUUGUGUGUAAUUUUGGUUUUGCUGUCAGCUGAAUGCCUAAAUAUUUGAGUGCCUGUUGUUCUAUUCGUAUUUGGUGGGUGUCGUGUGUUCGGGUUGUUGCUGUCGCUGGUACUCCUAUUGGGAGGGCGUUAGACUUCGCCAUGUUUGCUUUGUACCCUGAAAUGGUCCCAAAGUCCCUUAACACCCCCUGUAAGGCCCCCGUUGUGUUCACUGGGUCAGUCAGCAUUAAGAGCACAUCAUCCGCAUAGGCUGAGACCAGAAAUUCCUUACCUCCCACUUCAAUACCCUUCACGCCCGGAUGGCGCUGUAACGCCUGUAAAAGGGGUUCCAACGAUAGUACAAAUAGAAGGGGCACCCCUGUCUAGUACCAUUGAAAAGGGCGGAGCGGGGCUCCUGAGAUCUUCACCUGCACUCUGGCGUUACUAUACAUCGCUCUUAAUAAGGUCAUGAACUGUUCAGGGAACCCUAGAUGGGUCAGGAGCGUGAACAGGUAUGGCCACUUCACUCUAUCAAACGCUUUUUCAGCGUCGAGCGAAAUGAACAUAGUUGGAGUCUUCGUGGCCAACUGUCUCCAUAUCAAGUCUAUAUUUCUGUGAGUGUUUUCGAACAGACAAUAUAAAACCAACUUGAUCUGCGUCCAUAAAUUUCGCUAGGAAGGGGUUGAGCCGUUCUGCCUGUAUCUUUGCCAAAAUUUUCAUAUCGCGAUUUAUGAGAGAUAUUGGCCUAUAACUGUCUGGUGAAAGGGGGUCUUUAUCUGGUUUUGGCAAUAACACAAUGGUAGCUAUGGACAUAUCAGGGUUCGGGGAGCCCCCUGUCCGAAACCCACUGAAGACUGUUGUCAAGUGAGGAACGAGUUCCUCGCGGAACGUCUUGUAGAAACUACCGUCAAAUCCAUCAGGUCCUGGGGCCUUGUUCCCUUUUAAAGCUGUUAUUGACCGGUCUAUUUCGUCAGGUGUAAUUUCAGCCGCUAGGGUAUCAACCGCCUCUUGUGGUAACUUGGGUAGGCCGAGGUCUUUAAGGAAAUUGCAGGUUGCAUCAUCGUCUCUUAUCGUCAUUGUUUCUGUGCUUGGGGAAUGAUUGUAUAGGCAUUUAUAGUAAUCAGUGAAGACCUCUGCUAUGUCAUCGGGCAUAGUUUUGAUCGAUUUUGUCUGGAUGUCGGAUGGAUGUAAUGUGUCCUCGUCUCAUUCUCGGUUUGAGGACUCUGGCUAGUAAGGUAUUCAUCUUAUUGGCCCGUUCGUAAAAAAGUAUUUUGAACCAAGUCAUGGCUCUAGCAGUAAUAUUUCCAUUUCUACAGUACACAUGCACGGAGAGGAUUUUUCUGUGACAUUUCAUUUACACUUGUAACAUCAGGGGAAGAAACAAAGAUGCUCAUAACUUCUAAUCCACCUGUAAUCCCUAUUCUUUGUGGAUUUUCCUUCUGCUUUAAAUGGCCCACGAUCACUGAACUCUGAGUUCCUAUAUCAAUUUAUAUGUCCACCUGGCAUGGGGUAAAAAAAUAUAAAUAUAUUUUUUGUUAAUUUUCUCUACUUUACUCCAUAGGGAAUUACUAUUCCAUUUAUACAUGCUUUUGGCAAAUUCAUGAAUUCAGUUUGUAGCAAAUUCACGAAUUCAACUCUCACAAUAACAUAGGACACUUGGAAAUGUAUCCUGGUAUUUACUCAAACAUGGCAACUGGAGUAAGUCCUGGGUUACACUGACACCCGGGAGAUUGGUGCAGUUUGUGGCUGCUCCCUCAUACUAGUACACUGUAACUAGUUUUGCCAUGACCAUGGCAGAGCACCAGUAUCCUAUUGGCACUAUAACCACUUUAGUAAACUAUAGUGCCUGGAGUGGCCCUUGGGAUUCAACUUGGUGCCAAUACCCAGAUAAUAUGCACUUCCCACUCUUUUAUGUAUACCUACUGUUUGUUAUGAGUUUUAUAAUGCGUUUUUCAUCCAUCAGGGCAUUUUACUUUUUUGUGUGUUAAAACUAUUCUAGAUCUUAUAACAUUAAAGGGCACUUUGUGUCCAUCUUGUAUUACUCUAGUCAGUUGGCAGUGUUUUAAUCGAAUAAUUGAUGUGCAUCCAAGUCCUAUUAAGAAGCCUGCACAUUGUUCUAUAAAGGCUACAGAUUACAUAAUUUUCAGACAUUAACAUGCUAUAUGAAGUAUUUACUGGUAAACCUACCCCAUGUUCAGAAGACUGACUGUCCAUGACCAGUGACAUAUUGGAACUCUCAACAUCUCUCAUGAAUGUCAAGUUUAAAGGAAGCAAACAUUUUUGAUUGAUUUGCAAUACAUAGUAGGAAAGUUGUCAUUUGCAACUGAAUGUAAUAGACAUAUUUCUACUUAUGCAAUGGAACUAGGAUCUCUACAUAUAAUUCUAGUGGCAAACCAGUCUUUGUUUUACUUAGUUUGUGGUAUUCUCUGAUCACUGGCAAAUUUCAUAAAUGCCUGUUAAAGGGAUAGUGACAAAAAAUAAAUCCUUGCAAAACCUUUAGGUAGUUUGGCAUCCAAGAGCAAUUCAUUUUAAAGGGGAAGAAAAGUCUAGGGCCAUUUGGGAUGCAGUACGUUUAAGUAAGAUGAAAAAAGUACAAAGCUACAUUAGCGAUGUUGUAAAGAGUUGUUUACUGGAGCAAAGUGGUUAUGCUGGCUAUACAGGUAUGACUCCUAGAAAAGACCUCUUUCAUUGUCUGGGAUCUGGUGUAAUAAACAAGUGUCACAGCUGGUCUGUUUGUCUAUUAUACACAGAUUGCACAUAAAAUCCAUUGCAAUGUUUUCAGUAAACUAGGAAUUCCAGAUAAAUAACUACCGGUAAUUACCAAUUUUAAGGUGGUACUAAUACAUGUGCGGUUUUACACAACUAUGUAGGUAGCAAAAAAUAUCUAUUCAUAUUUUUCAUUUCUUUUUAAACCCAUCGCAUGUUUAUAUUUUUAUCCCUUGUAUUUUGUAUCAGGGCGUCAUGUAAAUUGGAUUUAUCCCCUUUAGUUCCAUACAUACAGUUCAUGCGGGGGAAGGAGAACCUCUAUGCUUCUUUACUGGAUGAUUAUUUACUUGCCUAAAAUAAAUACUCUUUAUAAUUUUUGCACAGGUCCUUGUCAGAUUUCCCUAUUUAAAGGCUUGAUUGCUUGCUCAUUGUUUUCAUAAUUGGGAAGGGAAUUUUAUUUAGAGGGACACAAUAGAUAGACAUAGACAAAAAAACUUGAAUUCUAAUCUAGGAGAUCUGAUUUGAUACCAUAAACACCUGUUUAUCAGAGCUAUGGGAUAAGUAGUUAAUCAACAAACUGCAUUUCUGCUUAUGAAAUGGGGUACAUGAAAUAGUUUUAAUAACGUGAUAGCAACCCUACUUUAGCCUUGGCCGCUGUCCCACUUCUAAUUUAUAUAAAAGGAACACUUCAAGUAGCAUAACCACUACAGUGUGAUUUGUAUUGGUCUUUUUCAAGAUUUGCUCACAUCAGGUUUACAAAAUACAUAUUAUGGGGGCCGACAGUCCUACCUCUUGGGUCUUUGUACAUGUUGUGGGCGACAUACACAUUUGAAUUCAGAGAUUUACACUUUCAGGGUGGAAUCAUUACCUAUCAAGUGAUAACUUUUUUGGACUUUUCGAGCUAGGUUGAUGGAACUCGCUACCUGGGGCUUGCGCUGUGUCGCAAGUACUCACCUUGUGAGCUCCUCCUAUGAGAUGCAGAUCACGCAAACUGCAAGACAUCAGAUAUUUGUUUCUCCAGCCUGCUCCCUCAAAGCCAAGGCUGCCAGUCAAGGCUUACCCUUCCUCUGAGGACAGUGACACAGGAAUGGUGUAAACACGGGUGACCGCAACACCUGCUGGAGACAGAUCUUCUGCAGAGGAUGACAACCUGUCUAUGAAGAAAUACAUAAAAAGACCUGCUUCAAGACGUUAAAAUAAAAAUAAAUAACAAGCUUUCUACAAGUGGUCAACUAUUACUCCAUUCUAUCACAAGUAGAGUAAAAACCUCUGAGGAGCAUAUAACAGACAUACACUGGAGCAUAACUAAUGCCACAGAGAUGAAGCGGCUGCAGACGACCCAGAUGGCUUUGUCACAAGGUGGAGAUGUUGGAUUAUCUGAGUAAAGCGAGGAAUUUCAAAAUCCAUAGUGUAGCACACUGUUGGCUAAAUAACUGCCUCACUUCUAAGGCGCCUUCUUUAUCUUGUGUUUUUGAUGAUAGAAAAUGCACUCUAGAACCUAGAUGGUUAACAAAAGACAAGAGAAGGAACACUGCCUUUAAAAAUACUGUAAAACGUAACUUUUAAUAGUGAAUGAAAUACAAAGUGAUCAUUUCAUACAUUUUCUCUCAAUACGUCUAAAUACAUAUGUAUAGAGGCAUGAGAAGACAAUAUGCAGAAAUGUAAGAUUUAAAAAAAAAAAACCCAGCAUCUAAAUAGUUAGGGAUGCUGUUUUAAAUGUCUAAAUGGACCAAAAUGUCCAGCUCUAUACAGAGAUUCACUGCUGUAAUAGUUUGUCUCCUGUCACUAUUUGUAAAGCGUAUUCUCUAAAAGUUUGUCAAACUCUAAAAUAGAGACUGUCUACAGCUGCAGUUUAUAAAGAGUACUCUGUUACAAUUUAGUAUAAAUACAGGUUCGAAAUUAUGUGACAAAACGAAGAUAUAUUGUCUGGUAUUACUAUUAGAUACAGACUGUAGUCUAGGUAUAUAUCUAAGAAAGCGCCUUCUGUGGGUAGUUUGUCCCAGUGUAAAUAUAGAAAGAAGAGAGAUAAAGAUAUUGCUGUGCAUUCGAGGGCACCUACCAGGUAGAAGGGCUAACUAUAGAAAAUGAAGAGAGGAAAAAGGAAAAUGAGAGUGUAAUAACCACAGAUAAUAUAUGCGGCUAGAUCCUUAAUUCACCUCCCAAAAUACCCUGAGAGUGGACUAACCACAAGUAAUGUAUGCGGCUAAGUCCUUAAUUUCCCUCCCAAACUACCCAAAAACUAUGUAUCUAUAAAUCGAAAUAGAAAAGUCCAAAAGUAAUUAAUAAUAUCAGGUUAUAUUACAAUUGGUGUAUAACUCUAACAUAGUUUUUGACUAUGUUACACAUCUAGGUUGCAUAUAAUCAAUAGGUCUAAAUUCAACCAAUUAUUAGAAUAGUUUGAUUGGUGAGAAAUUAAUAAUAAGUGAUAUAGAUAUGUUCAUUGGAGGUUAGUCCAUAAAUUGUGCAUAAAGUGUAAAAGAUAUAUUGUCUUAUUUAUAAUUUAUAUGCUGCAACCUAAUAAAACAUAUCUGUAGUCAGAAUAUUGUUAUGCAGAUCCAUACUGUACUUGCCCUAUAGAAAUUUCUAUGUGGUAAAUAUAUUGCCUUGUAGUCUACUGUUCACUUUUGUGAAUAGGACAAAACAUGUCUAAAUAAGUGUAAAGUAGAGGACAUGUUGUUGCAUAAGAAUAAAGUAGGGGGCGCUCUCAGCGCUCUCAAGGUAUUUUGGGAGGUGAAUUAAGGAUCUAGCCGCAUAUAUUAUCUGUGGUUAUUACGCUCUCAUUUUCCUUUUUCCUCUCUUCAUUUUCUAUACUUAGCCCUUCUACCUGGUAGGUGCCCUCGAAGGCACAGCAAUAUCUUUAUCUCUCUUCUUUCUAUAUUUACACUGGGACAAACUACCCACAGAAGGCGCUUUCUUAGAUAUAUACCUAGACUACAGUCUGUAUCUAAUAGUAAGACCAGACAAUAUAUCUUCGUUUUGUCACAUAAUUUCGAACCUGUAUUUAUACUAAAUUGUAACAGAGUACUCUUUAUAAACUGCAGCUGUAGACAGUCUCUAUUUUAGAGUUUGACAAACUUUUAGAGAAUACUCUUUACAAAUAGUGACAGGAGACAAACUAUUACAGCAGGGAAUCUCUGUAUAGAGCUGGACAUUUUGGUCCAUUUAGACAUUUAAAACAGCAUCCCUAACUAUUUAGAUGCUGUUUUUUUUUUUUUUUUUUAAAUCUUACAUUUCUGCAUAUUGUUUUCUCAUGCCUCUAUACAUAUGUAUUUAGACGUAUUGAGAGAAAAUGUAUGAAAUGAUCACUUUGUAUUUCAUUCACUAUUAAAAGUUACGUUUUACAGUAUUUUUAAAGGCAGUGUUCCUUCUCCUCUUGUCUUUCAACCAAAAUUGCUAGGGUUAACCCCUUCACUGCCCUGAUACUUUACCCUCAUACCAGGCUUUCUCUUUGUUAAACUUUCUAGAUGGUUAACAAAGUCUGCUAGGGGAACCAAUUUGUUUCUUCUCUCUUCUGAGCAAUGUUUAACCUGUUUGACAUCUCAAGGCUUAUUCAAUCAUAACAGGCCUUAGCUCCACUUUCUUAAAGGGACACUAUAGUUACCUACAGCUUAUUGUAUUUUUUUCUGGGGAGUAUAAUCAUUCCCUUCAGGCAUUUUGCUGUAAACACAGAGAAAAUGCAGGGUUUACAUUACAGCUUAGGGAUACCUUCACUGGCCACUCCUCAGAUGGCUGCUAGAGGUUCUUUCUGGGGCAAUGCUACAGAGGGUGAAGUACUGCCAUUCAGUGUCUCCACCCUCUGCAUGGAGACACUGAACUUUCCUCACAUAAUGCAUUGAUUCAAUGUAUCUCUAUAAGGCGAUGAUGAUUAUCCAGGGUUGUGUUUGACUUGUGCUGGCUCUGUCCCUGAUCUGCCUCCUUGACAGUCUCAGCCAAUCCUAUGGGGAAUCAUUGUGAUUGGCUCAGACCCACCACGUCUAAUGUCAGUCAAGCAGGCAGAUCGGGGCAGAAGUCGCAGCUGCAUACUUGAAUAAAAGUAAGAUUUGUACUGUAUUUAGGGAGACCACUUCAGCUCACUGCAGCUGUCUUGGUGCUGUGUCCCUGUUGCACUUCGUGCUGCAAUGUAAAACAAUGCAGUGUUAUGGAAACUGCAGUGUCUACAUUGCAGCACUGUCUGCCUCCAGUGGCUGUCUACCAGACAGCCACUGGAGUGCUUACUUUUUUUUAUAGGAAGCAUCAAUGCUUUCCUGUGUCGAGGUCUAAUGCUCGUGCGGCAUUUGCCUGCAUUAGCGCCUGCUCAUCUUCGUGGGUCGUUGUAGAGGGCAAAGCAUUGACAUGGCGCAAGGGACAUCAGCGCUAGAAUAAGUUAUGUAAAGGGUUUUAAACCUAUUUAAAAGAGAGGGAGCGGGUUGCGAGGGUUAGGGGAGGUAGAGGGAGCUAUAGUGCCAGGAAUACAGCUUUGUGUAGUGGUUCUGGUGCUUUGUGUCCCUUGCCUAACUUAAACUGAGCUUUUACUCUAUAGGGUUACUAUUAUUGAUCCAUCAAACUUGAAAGAAAUGAACAGCAAGGAUGCUUUGUGGGUUUAACCUAGACAAAAACUACGGGGGACUCCGAAAUCUUGCAAUUUACACAGGCAAUUACCAUCAAAGUUUGCCAUGUGUAAACAAUUUAGUAGGGUUAUUUCCUGUUUUAAUUUCUAUUUGUCUGUGGUUUAAUUCUAUUAAAUUUUGCUUUUAAACGGCAUGCUUUUAAAAUACAGAGUUGAUGUCGGGUGGAGUGCAGCCUCCAUUUUAUAUGGUUAUGGGAGGUAGUGCAGGAAUGUGGAUUAUCUUCAAAGGGUACUUUGUUUACAUAAUGCAUAAGAAAUAUUGCUUAGCCUCUGAUGUCUGUGUGUAAAGGUUGUUAUGGAAAUAUGAUACAGUAAAGCGUAUGUAUGUAAGCAAGACAUUGGGGAGCUGUGUAUAGUUGCGAAUUUACUUAAAAAUAAUAAGGUGCGCUGUGUCUUUAAGACCCAAAAAUAUAUAAAGUGCAACUAAGUGCAAACAAAUUAAUAAAGUGCAAAGUGAUACAAAGUGCACUUAAAGUGUAGAAUAUCAGUAUAAAAUAUUAUACAUACAUAUGGCCUCUCAACUCCAAAUAUACAUAGAAAGGAAAAGAGACAUAAAAAAACCAAUAGUGUAAAACCGUAUUAAAACAUUAAUACGGUUUUACACUAUUGUUUUUUUUAUGUCUCUUUUCCUUUCUAUGUAUAUUUGGAGUUGAGAGGCCAUAUGUAUGUAUAAUAUUUUAUACUGAUAUUCUACACUUUAAGUGCACUUUGUAUCACUUUGCACUUUAUUAAUUUGUUUGCACUUAGUUGCACUUUAUAUAUUUUUGGGUCUUAAAGACACAGCGCACCUUAUUAUUUUUAAGUAUAUUCACUAAAGUGUUUGGAGGAGUUUUACACUUGUUUUUGGUGCAGCUCUUUUUUAUAUUAACAGGUUGUUUUGUUUUAUUUUAGACGAUUUUAUUACGAGCGCCUACUUUUUACUUGUUUUCUGUGUAUAUAGUUGAGAAUUACCAAAAACUGUUCACUUUUCUAUUAAUGAAUGCAUGGUAUGUUUGGGCUGCUGCCUGACGAGUGGGCAGCUUUACAGAAAAGCAUAUAAAUUAGAAUAUAGGAUAUUUGUAACUACUUCAUUUCAUGGCAGAUGUACACUUGGGAAAACAUACACAAAAAAACACAAUACAUUAUAUUGUGGAUGUGCGUUACUGGGUAACUUGUAUACAUUAUUAUGUUUAGGUGCAUUUUAUAUUUAAUAAAAAUAGAUUUUUUGCAAGAGACAAUAUACAGAGAAUAAGUAUUGAGGAUUCAGACAAGCAUAUCUAGAAGUAUACAAUACAUAAAACAUGAAAACACGUUGGAACAUGUCAUGUAAAGAAGAGAAAGUGAUACUACACCAUAUUGCUAAUUCAAAGUACGUUUGGGAACACCAGCCAUGGCUUCAAGAGCUCUGUAAUAAAACUUAACAUAUGUGAGUAAUAAAACCACUUGGGUUUACUUUAGCUGUCUGUGGUCGUAAGGACGGUGCAAAGGUGAACUGAAUCAGGAAAGCUUUUAAAAUACAGCUAGGGAUUGCAGGUUCUGACAUUUUAGAAUAUGAGAAGACAAUUGCCCUUUACCCACUGACAUAGACCCCUUUGAGUCCAGCAUAGCCUCAUCUGGUUAGAUUUCUCGAAACACUGUCUUAAUGAAGGUGCUUCUGCCUCACGUGCACAGUGAAUAAACUCUGUACGAACAGUGCUUAGAAAACUGCAGUGACUAGAUUGAGGCGACUAAACACUCUGUGAUAUAAGGUUUUUUUUGUUUGUUUUUUAAUCAGGCCUGCAUUCAACCUGUUGUGACCUACACGGAACACAGCUAUGCAAUGAAACAGGCAGUCAUCAAUGUAAGACCAAAAAAUAUCACUUUGUAAUGACAAGGAAGGAGAGAACAUAGUUUAAAGACCAAGAGCUUUCCGUUUUCAGUAGCAGUGACAUUCAAAAUGUAUCUGUAAUAUUUGCAUUACUGAAAAGAUAUUCCACGCAAUGCAUAAAAUCACUGCUUGGCAGCCUUACUGCUACAGGGGAAAGCUGCACAAAAGCCACAGUCAGAAUUUCACCUAGUCAAUAGUCUUUGAAAAUAUAUAUUGUGUAUAUACUCAUGUAUAAGUUGAUCUCGUCUAUAAGUAGAGUGCAGUUUUGUUUCCAACAAUUGGGAAAUAUGCUAUGCCUCGUGGAUAAGUCGAGGGUAAAACUUGGGGCUAUGAAAUUCUCCUUUUUUUUUUAAUUUUUUUUUUAUAAUUUUGUCAGAUUUUACCUAGGUAAGAUCCUGGAACAUAAUCCUGUAUAUAAUGCAGUGUGUGUAUGUAUAUGUGUGUGUAUGUAUGUGUGUGUGUGUGUGUGUGUGUGUAUAUAUAUAUAUAUAUAUAUAUAUAUAUAUAUAUAUAUAUAUAUAUAUAUAUAUAUAUAUAUAUAUUAUAAUGCAGUGUGUGUGUGUAUAUCUGUAUAUAUAUGUGUGUGUGUGUGUAUAUCAGGCCUGCAUUCAACCUGUUGUGACCUACACGGAACACAGCUAUGCAAUGAAACAGGCAGUCAUCAAUGUAAGACUAAAAAAAUAUCACUUUGUAAUUACAAGGAAGGAGAGAACAUAGUUUAAAGACCAAGAGCUUUCUGUUUUCAGUAGCAAUGACAUUCAAAAUGUAUCUGUAAUAUUUGCAUUAAUGAAAAGAUAUUCCACGCAAUGCAUAAAAUCACUGCAGGGAAAAUGCACAAAAGCCACAGUCAGAAUUUCACCUAGUCAAUAGUCUUUGAAAAUAUAUACCGUGUAUAUACUCAUGUAUAAGUUGAUCUCGUCUAUAAGUAGAGUGCAGUUUUGUUUCCAACAAUUGGGAAAUAUGCUAUGCCUCGUGGAUAAGUCAAGGGUAAAACUUGGGGCUAUGAAAUUCUUUUUUUUUUUUUUUUUAUAAUUUUGUCAGAUUUUACCUAAGUAAGAUCCUGGAACAUAAUCCUGUAUAUAAUGCAAUGUGUGUGUGUGUGUAUAAUGCAGAGUGCAUAUAAUGCCACGGGUGUUGCGAAAUGUACACUGGGAGCUGACAUUGGAGCUGCACAGAGGUGAAGGGAGCUGACCGGAGCUGCUACAACAGUAUGUAACAGCUUGCUGCCAGCCCCCAACAGGACCGCCGGGCUUGUAAUGAGCCUGGCGGUCCUGGUCUGUAUUAUGGCAAUGUAAGUUGCCAUAAUACAGACCUUGACUCGAGUAUAAGUCGAGUGGGCCUUUUUCAGCACACAAAAUGUGAUGAAAAACUCGACUUAUACUCGAGUAUAUACGGUACAUUGCUUCUGAACAGUGAUUAAAAGUUUGGGAUGGGGAGAGGUAGUAUUUCUGGUAAAGAUUGGGGAGGGAAUCAUUGGAAUAGAACAGAAGAACAGUAUUCUCACUACUGAGCUGUUACAUGCUAUCCCAUUUCAUUCCAUAUGUGCUAGAUCCGUGUUCUGCAACCUUUUAACACCGGCGGCCAGUGUGUAUUGUUGUGGGGUUGAAGGGUAUAUUAAUAUAAUUUAUUUUUAAUUAAAAAGUAAUAAUGCUUACCUUUCCUUGGGAGGGCGGAUAGUACAAUGCAAUUCCUGGUGGUCCACCGCUCCAAGCUAGCGAGAGGAGAACCCGGUGGAGCUGCAGGUUAGAGCUCCCCCGAGUCCUCUCUUCCUUCCCAGGGUUCUCUCUCCCUCCUUCCCCUGCCGGCUGCAGCAUUACACUGCUAUUGGGCUGGAGAGGGAGAUCUCUGAUCUCCCCUCCGGUCCUGCAGAGCAGUCAGGGGAGAGUGAGGCACAGUUCCUGGUGCUAUGAUCAAAUGAUCAUAGCACCGGGAAAAUAUUUUGUGGCAAUUUAUUGCCGGUCUGCUAAUGCUUUCACCCGACUAUACCCCUAGCGGUAUAUUUGGGUGAAAGAUUUUGCGCACCACCGGUUGAAGACCGGUGUCCUAGAUCAUCUGAGGAGCAUAUGUGCUGGUCUGGGUAAAUCUUGAAUUAAUGGCAAGGUAUUACUUCUCAAUGGUAGAGUAGGGAUGGAAUCCAUUAAUUAAUGCUUUCUAAUCUAACAAGACAUAUAGCAUUCUAUGGAAUCCAACUUGGGACUCAAGAGUGGGACCGGGGUAAGACCAAAAUGGAGUAUGUGCUGCAGGUAGAUCUGUAACAAUUUUCUAUGCAUGGGCAUGCUCAAGGUGACCUAGUUGGGUUUUCAUACAAAGUUUCUGCAAUAUCAUUUGUUAAAAAUGUUAUAAAGCCUUUUUUUGUUUAAUGCGCACAGUAUAUGUCUUUAUGUACACUUGUAAAAAGUGUAAGCUAAAUCUUAAUGCAGCACUGUCACCUGCCUUGCAAAAUUAGUAUUUCAUAAAGAUAAAAUGAAAUACUCCUAUUAUGUGUUGGAAUUUCACUGAAAUUAUAACAGUCAAAAGAUAUACUGAGACAAAGGGGAAUACUUUUCUCGGUAUUAUUCCUCCCCCUGACACUUCCACACGUUUGGCAGAGCUACCGCCACCUAGAAGUGUCAGUCCCAAAGCCAUCACAAGUGACCACUGCAGGAAAUUGGCUCUGUCCAUAAACCUCAGUGCUGUACAGAAAAGGAUCGGCCAGAAGAUAAUGGCCCGUUCAGGUAAGUUAAACUCACCUUUGCCUUCAUUAAGCGUUGACUUAAAAGACAAUUUUUCUUGUGGUUGGGUUUAUGAUCGACUAGGUGAAGAUCACUGUCAAAUGCCAAAUCAAAGUUAUUUUUAGGUUUACACAUGGAGGAUCACACAUUAUGUCUGAUCAAGUUGCACAAUCAUACUGUAUAUUUAUUUACACUGCUCCAGUUGUGUUCCAACUAUUGCCAAUUCUUGUCUGACUUCAGUUGUUACAAUUAAAGGGAUACUAUAGUCAUCCAGACCACUUCAGCUCAAUGAAGUGGUCUGGGUGCCAGGUCCCUCAGGUUUUAACCCUUUAGAUGUAAACAUAGCAGUUUCAGAGAAACUGCUAUGUUUACAUUUGGGGUGAAGCCUGCCUCUAGUGGCUGUCUUCCGGACAGCCACUAGGGGCGCAUCUGCAACGCUUGAGGCACAUUUCGCCUCCAUCAUGCAGAGCGUCCAUAGGAAAGCAUUGAGAAAUGAUUUCCUAUAGACACUUUGAAUGCGCGCGGCACCUGCCGCGCAAACGCAUUCGGCUCCGCUGACGUCGGAUGGGGAGCUGAUGUCUGCGGGGGAGAAGAGGUCACCAGUGCCGAGGGUAAGUGGCUGAAGGGGUUUUAACUCCUUGAAAUUAACUUCAAGGCUGCUUUAAAGUUUAACUAUUGCUGCAUACAUGAGGCCAUAGUGUAGGUGGAAUUGGCAGCAUUUUUCUUUUUCCUGAAUACUCCAUGACCAGAUGCUCUGGCAGAGGGGCACCAAUCAUACGGGACCAAUCUUAAAUUUGAUAUAAUUUGAUAUACUCAUAUGAGAUAGCUGUUUAGCAUUUUGUGCUGUAGUGAUGCAUGAUGUGAUCCCAGCAUUCUAUAAGCGUUCAAUAUGAGCUGAAGCACAACUUCUUGUAACAUCUUUAUACUACUGGACACCAGAGAAAUUCACUUUUUAAAUAAUACAAAUAUAUUGAAAAUUAUGAAUAAUUAUUUAACGUAGUAUAUUUCUCUCAAAAUAGACUGAAAACUUACAAGUAUGCCUGGACUGUGAGAGAUGUGAGAAUUUUCAAAUUAUAAUAUUUCAAAUUAAACAUUUUCUUUCCUUCUCUCCUUGUUCAGAUUUCCUUGGGAUUAUGGCAUCUGGAGCCAGAGAUGCUAAGAAAAGGGACCUCGAAGAAGGUUGUUCAAAUGAUUUCCCAAGGAAGAGGAUCUCUCCUUCAGCCAAGCAGAACAUGAAGGAGGUACAGUAAUGAUGCGUGUGGCCAUAAUGGAGUUUGCUUCUAGCAUUUACAAAGAAAAUUUGGUUUAAUGCACGGUAAUGUUUUGUAUGUGAAACACCAGUUGUUUUUAAAUGCAGGGUUUUUUUUGUUUGGUGUCCUCUAGCACAGCACAAAAAAAAAAAAAACACCUUAGACACAACUGGGUAAUCACUAAAUCCUGGAAUGGUAGGGAACCACUGCUCUACCGUUUCCAACCCAUUUGCACACUGUACUACACCAUGGGGCAGUUAUGCAGUCUCUGUAUGCUGUGAAGGAAUAACUGCUGCUCCCUUGCAUUAUAUGUGCUGUGAUGAGCAAGAACAAAAAAGGUUUGAUAUGUCAUCUUCCCUGAAUGCAGACAUGGGAGCUGGAGAGCUGUCUCUGCAGGUGGCCCCGGGGUGUAAUAUAAUGGGGUGGCAUACAUGGAGAGAGCCUAAAGAGUUAUGAUAGAAAAUAAGAGGUAUAGACUAUCCUAAAGAAGGUGAGAAGAUGACAUUAAAAAGAUGGGUAAGGCAAGCAAUGUGAGGGUUGAAAUCAGAAGACAAGUGGUUAGGAAGAGCUGGGAAAAGCAUGAAAAGCGGUUCAGAGGUAAAGGGGAGUAGGUGAAAUUUGCAGACACACAGUGGGGAAGCACAGUGAAGUAAACAUGAGGAUUGAGACCUGCGGUCUGAGGUUACUGAUUAGAUUAAAGGAGGCUAUUGGCCAAGGAGCCAGGGAACAGUUAAGAGCGUGAGGCCAAAAACUAAAAUUUUAGAUUAUCAGAGGAUAACUAAAAAAAGUACUGAAAGUGAAUAUUUGGCUUAAAAGGCAUUGUUUACAUUUCUCUAAUAAGAUCUCUAGAGGUUUUCAGACAAUACCAGAAGUGCUUCCUAUUACGGUUUGCAAUAUUUGCAGAACAGACAUUGGGUUCACUUGGUCUCACCAUGCAGGUGUGAUCAUUCCCCAUAGAGAUGCAUUGAUAUAAUGCAUCUCUGAGGACAUGCUGGUUACUGCAACAUGGCCAUUCUCGUUCUAAAAUGAUGGAAUAGAUCUUUAAACUGAGCUCAUACCCUGGCUUAUUGGAAGAAUGACUGAGCCCUCCAAACUUCUACAAUAUGUAUUUCAUAAAAUGUAUUAAAUAUAGAUAACCUAUGUCCACAUGGUACUGAAUUCACUAAUUGUUUUUUUUGUAAUGGAGUGGCUAUAUGGUUGUACAAGUAUGAUCUUGUAAGUGCGUUUAUGGAUAUGUAUGACCAAUGGAAAUGGUGAAAUAAGGCUUAAAGGGAUGCUCUGGACCCAUAAAGCACCCAUAAAGCACACCUCCCUGGCUGUCAGACAACUGGUCAUGUUACUUCCUGGUUGUUCUACUGCUCAGUGGAACUAAACUCGAGAGGCAGCAAAUGCCCAGGACACCUGCAUGGCAAAGACUUAUCAUUGAGCUGCAUUGGGAAGUCUGUGAUUGGACAGCCACAGCAAGUCUGUGCUGUGGAGGACUUGCAAAGGCUGCAGACAAGAGAUCUGCAUCUUUUGCAAGUUGUCUGUAGACUUACCCCACAACGAAACAAAAUGGCAUACUUAAAUGCAUGCAUGUUUUCAUUUGGGGUAUCUACUAAACAGUGUUUGGUUUUUUGUUUUUUUUCUUGUCUUUCUAUGUGGGCAGUGGAGUGCCUGUUUAAUUUUGAAAUUUGUGAGGGGUUCUUAUAUGGACAUAUUUCAUAGACGUUUGUUUGUUUGUUUUUUAGGAUAAUUACUUAUCACCAAACAAGUUGGUUUCUGUUGGAAACGGGUAAGUAAAAUCCUGUGAAUUGAAUUUCAGCCUACUUAAUGUUUUAACAAUAACCAGGCAAUAGCUCUGUUAACUAGGCACCAUUCCCUGUACAUUUCUUCUUUAAACGUCAAAAUUUCUCCUAUUCCCUGCUUAUCUGUAUUGGUGUCCUUCCUUUAUUCUUCUGACCGCUUCUAAAUGGAGGUCCCGUUUUCUUUUUACUUUUCCUACAACAAACCAAAUGCUUUCUGCAUCCUAUCUAGCCUUUACAGCUACAUGUCCACAUUUGAGAUACAAACACAGUUCUGUUUCUUGUACUUUUUCUUCUCUCCCUUUCCUUUCUGCCUUUAAGUGCAUACAGGCCUACUUUGAUACUUUCUGUGCUGACCUACACUGUUGGAUAGUGGUACAUUUGAUUUGAAAUAAUAUUGUAUAAGGGACUUUUUUUCAAUGUUAAUAUGUCUGACGUCCUAAAGGGAUGAAGACCUUUUUCCAAAAUUAUCCUAUAAUUCAGUGCUUCCCAAGUAGAUCCUCAAGGCACUCAAAAAGUCCAUGUUUUGAUAUAUUUCCAAGAGAACAGAAGUGAGAAAUCCUGGGAUCUUGCUAUGUCGUGAGGAUUUAGUUGAGUUAAGACUGCUGUAAAGGGUAGGCUUAAAUUAACACCUUCAUGACUGUGUUGGCCAAAUCCUAUUAAGAUGAAUGUUGAUACCUGACCUGUUGUGGAAGGGUUAACAAUUGGGAUGCAUUUGUUUUAUUGGGGCACCAUAACUAUUUGAGCAUGUAUAUUUGCAUUCCGUAUUCCAAAGUGUUUUGCACGCAUUUUUUUGGGAAAUACAGAAAAGGGGUUCUUGUGCAGGUGUUUCUGUCAAAUACUUAUGUUUUUUACUAUUUUAUGUGAAAUUUGUAUUCCUAUUUUCUGUAGAACACUGGUUGUGGAGUCUCCAAGCAGCAAUCAAAAGCUCUAUAAAGUUGUAUAUUGCAGGAGGAAAGCUCGGCAACAAACACAGAGUCCUGUGUACAGAAAGAAGUUGCACCCCAAAGGUUUGGGUGGUGACAUGGCAAAUAAGGAAAAUGAGCUGGCGGCAGGGAACCUGCAUGAGAAGCUCCAAAACGAGAGGUGCAGUUUAAUGCUGAAUUCCACUGACUCCUGUUCUGCUCAGACAGAGGGACCUUCUUCAAAAUAUAAUGGAUUCUUUGCAGAGGUAAAUCUUUUUCCUUGGUCAAUCUAGCCUUAGGAAAAAACAUUAACACUAGUUCAUAACUCAACAUCUCCACUUAUCCCUUCAUUUACUAGGCAGCUGCUAAAACGAUUCAGCAGUGAUACAGUGCUCCGGAAUUUGCUGGCGCUAUAUAAAUAAUUAUUGUGCUUUCUGUGCAAUGCACCUGUCUUUCAUCUGAAUGUACUAAUGCUUUGUGAUCAGGAUUUACUAGCUUCAGUACCUGACAAAAUUAUACAGUGACCAUUGUAACCCUACAGUGUAGCCACCAACAGCGAGGAAGAUGAACAGUUACCUGGCCACUACCUACCCUGUCUGUUGCAAGAGCCUUCACUUACCUGCUGUUUCAUUAGAUUUGCGCAAAGAUUUUUGUCUAAAAAUUUAUCGAUUUUGUUUGGAAAACUCAUCGAAUAAAGCUAUCCUUUCAUGAGGCUUGAGUCCAUCCUGUUCCAUGUUGUUCUUGCUGACUCUGACGUGUGUGUAGUUACAUCUAAGAAUAAUUUGCGUGCUUAGCAUUCUGCUGUGGAUAUAAAUGGAUAUAGCACUGUCCUAAUUCCUAUCUCUGAUGUAAGCGUAUAUAGGUUUGGUAAUAGUUUGUGUUUAGUUGAAAGUGCAUUAUAUGUUAUUUAAAGUUACAGCUGUUUGACCCGUCCCCCUGACGGGUGUAUGUUAAACCCAAAGUAGCCCAAGCAAAUGUCUGCUCUCCUACUCGGAGUAGGAGAGAGACACAAAUAUGGAUUGAUUUAUUUUUAUUUAGAUUUUGACCAUAAACCAUUACAAAUGUGUGCUGCAGCCUAUCUUUGAUUUGUAUUUAGACAGAGGCUUUUUAAAUAUAUCCCACUACUAUAUCCUGUUCUUAAUUAUUUUGCUGACUUCUCUACCUCUUCAAUUGCAAGCACAGUAUUUUAAUAUAAAUUUAAUAUUUCAGGUCUCAAAAGAUCAUGACACUAUGGCUCAAGUCCUAUUCAGCAGGAAUCUAAGGCUAAACGUUGCGCUUACCUUUUGGAAGAAGCGUAGUGUGAAUGAACUUGUAGCGUAUUUAGUCCGGUAAGCCCAUUCUGCUUUCUUUUUCUUUUUCUUUUUUUUUUUCUUCUUUUUUUUUUUAUAUAAUAUCUCCAGUAUUUCCAGUUGACCUUUUUGUACACCUAUUGGGUGCAAAGAGCAGAGAGCUAUUUUCUUGCAGUGACAGGAUUUAUAAGCUUAAAGGACAACUAUAGGGACACAGACCACUUCAGCUCAAUGAAGUGGUCUGGGUGCCAGGUCCCCCCUAGUUUUAACUCUGCAGAUGAAAACAUAGCAGUUUGAGAGAAACUGCUAUGUUUACACUGCAGAGUUAAUCCAGCCUCUAGUGGCGGUCUCUCUGACAGCGACCUGGAGUAAAGCGUAUUAUUUGACGUUGGACGUCCUCGCGAUCCUCCAGUGUCAAAAAAUAUCUCCAUAGGAAAGCAUUGAGUAAUGCUUUACUAUGGGCUUUACUAUGGCGCAUUCGGCUCCAUUUUGGAGUUUACGUCGGCGGGGGAGGAGAGGCUGGAUUAAGGUAAAUGGAUUAAGGGGUUUUAAGCUCUUCAGCGCCAAGGGAGGGGGGCACUCAAAGAGCCUAUAGUGCCAGGAAAACGGGCUUGUUUUCCUCGCACUAUAGUAUCCCUUUAACAGUAAUAUUUAAUAGUUUGACAACAGGCUUCUAGUUUGGGUGUGGAAGAAAUUCCACAACUUCCCAGAGUUUUUCUAUUCCAUAAUAUACUAUCAAUUGCUUAUUAACGUUUUAAGACAAAAAUAAAGCAUCUGGAAUGCUUUUAAUAGUGUUAAGCCCUUGGUCUAAAUGUUGACAUUAUCAAGUAUCCUCAUAUCUUCUAAAGGCACAUAUUAACAGUUAAAUGUAUAAAUACAUUUGUUCCCCCCCCGAAUCUGGUAGUUUUAAUUCAAAGCAAAUGUCAUUUGGCAUACAGAUUUUAUGUCAUCGUAGACUGGAAUAUAUAUGUCAGAUUUAAAAUGACAUACCAUCCACUCUGUGAACUAAAGUGACUUUUUAUAAGUAAAUAUUCUGCAACUAAGUCAGUUUGGCAAAUCCUGAAUAGAUGACCUGCUAUUUCUUUAUUUAUUUUUCAAUUCAUUAUUCCUUUUACAGGCAGAGGUAAUUCAUAUUACAUGUCAAUAUUUGUUUGAGGGUAUACAAACCUUUACAGACGCAAAACCCCAAUAAAGUGUGUGUGUGUAUGUAUAUGUAUGUAUGUGUAUAUAUAUAUAUAUAUAUAUAUAUAUAUAUUUCAAUCACGUCUUUUUCUUUUUACUUCUCUUCUUUCCCCAUCUCUUUUCUUUUCCUUCUCUUCUUCUCAAAAUAUCUUUUAAUCACCUCAAUAUUUGCUUUGCCGCUUUCCUUCUCUUCCACAUCAUCUAACAAUAACCUGCUGUUUCAAACCUGAAAUUGACCUUGCUGUAUUUGUAGAUGAAGGCCACAAAAUGUUUCAGCUACCAUCCAAAUGAUUGCUUAGCAAGCAAAUCUACUGUAAAGCAUUGUUAUAAGUAAGCUCUCUGUUCUAAACAGUCACUGGAUUAAUGGCAGGAUUUGUGUAAGUGUACUAUUGCACUGAAUAAAAUACUCCUAUCUUUGUUGGUUUCUAAUAGAAUGUCUUUUUUAAAGGAACACUACAGCACACUGUAAGUAAGAAGUCAGACCUUUAGAGCAGUUUUACUUUUAUAGAUUGGAUGUGCUGUGGGCACUGCUUCACACCUUCACAUCUUCACCACGUCAAUCAGACAGACUGAAGAUCCUGCUUAGGAGCUUCUGUUGGCUCUACUGAGCUAAGCCCUGUAGUGCAGGGCUAGUUCAUCGGCUGAGAAUUAACUGGUUGCCCUCAGCCAAUGCGCUAUGCCCUGCACUACUGGGCUUAGCUCAGAGCUUCCAAUAAGUAGCACUGGUCUUUCAGAUCUAUUCUGACCUCAAGCACUCCUGUGCCAGCGGAGGUGUGUGGAAUAAAUACAUUUAUUCCCAAAGUGCAUUUUCAUUUAUCACAAGUGUAAUUGCUCGUAAACAGAGAGCAACCAUAUGCUUAUCAGUUUAUAUAUAUAUAGUCCAGUUCACUUUUCUACCUAGGAGGAGUGAGUGCUCUCAGGUCUAAGUGCGUGCAGAGUCCGCUCUGUAGAGUAAAUUCUGUAACGUUGUUCUUGUUUUUAUAGUAACCUUUUAAAGGCACACUAGAGGCACCGUGACCGUUACAUCUCAAUGAAAUGGUCAGGGUGUAGUAGCCUUGUCCUUUUAACGCUUUAAAGUAAAAUGGCAUUUUUUUUAUUUCUAGGACUAACAUUUAAGGGCUGUCUUACGGAGGACACCCUAAGGCAAAACUCGACAAAUCCCAGGCGCCCGGUCGCCAUGGCGACAAAUAAUUUUGUCCUGGCACUUGGGUAUUUGUCAGCCUGUUUUCAGUGGUGCCCGCAUGCCCGCUGUUCUACUAUUUUUGGUCUGCCGAUGCUCUCGUGAAGAUCAACUGUCGUGGCUUUAAGACGUGGCUCCGCGUGACGUAACGUGCGUCGCGCAUGCGCGAUCGCGUCAUUGAGUGCGCGAUUGUCUAGUAACUUGCGUUAAGGAGUGGUAAAACAGCAAUUUCAAAAGCAGUCGUAAAACCGUGAUAUCUGGGAAAGUAUUUAUAUUAUACUUUUUUUUUUUUUUUUAAUGCCCCAUUUCCACAAUACAUUUGUAUUGUCAGUAGUAAUAAUGGCAGUAAUUAUUCUAAUGGCAGUAACAAUUAUAAUAAAAUGUCAUUAAUAAAAAAAUAGCAAUAAUGAAUAAAAAAAUUAUAUAUUUGUAUUCUCAAAGUGAAUUUAAAUUCAUAUGAGGUUAUAUUGCUUUGAUAGCAAAGUAUUUUUUUUAUUGUAAUUAUAAUGUAUUUGUGAUGUUAUUGUGCUCUUCUCCUCAUGGAAUCUGCUACCUGACACUAUAGUGACUGAUGUCACUAUUUCCCCACUAUUUUUUAUCUAAAAACGCACACUUCUUUGACCAGAGUUAAGCCAAAGUGAAAGACAAUAUUUUAAUUUGUUUAGUAAUAAUUUUUUUGUUAACUUGAAAUAGUGAUAAUGUUCUUCUUACUAGCCUAUUCCCUUAUUAAUUCCUUUUUUACAUCUUCAUAAUAAUUUCCCCCAAAAUAGCCAUCCUCAAACUUUUUCCUCAAAGAUCAUGGAUCAGUUUUUCUCGCAAAAUGCACAGUAACAUACUGCUGUUGUCCAGAAGUACGAUAUAUGUGACACAUGCAGGUUGAUCAACUGAUUUUAAAUUCUUUAUUUUUCAUGUGGAAAGGUAACAGAUUCAUGAAUUUGGCCACAACCGCCUCGACACGAGUAGAAUCAGUGCAUAUUAAAUACAAGGCAUUGUUGUGUGCUAGUCACACACAUUUUAUAUUUACAAUAGGUCACAUUGUUAUAGUGAGGUUUGAAAUCUAAUAACUGUGGGGGUGUAAGACUUCUGUCUGCCUAAGACACCCUAAGUUCUGUGGAGUCGUGGGUGGAGGGGGAAGGCAGUUAUAGCUAGGCCCAGUGGCUGUUCCCAAUUCCAGAUCGUGCGACUAGAAGUUAUGGGUGUUGGGUGUGUCUCUUGGCCCUUCCGAGUUUGGACAGGAAGCGAGUUGCGGUAGUUGCGGGGUUUCUCUAUGUGUGCCCUUUCUAGGACUAUGUCCGCUCCUCUUUUUGUCCCUGAUUGUAGCUAUUGGUGGGUACCCAUGUGUGCGGUGCUCUAGGUGUCCAAAGGUGUCUUUUUUGCCCUAGUGGUAGCUGCAGGUUGUUCCUGGUCAGUGUAGUAAUCAGAAGUUUGUGUCUAGGUAUAUAUAUAAGUCGCUGUAGUGUAACAGGAUCAAGUUGUGCCCUUGGGGCUUUAGGCUAGGGGUAUCAGACCUUGCAAUAGUUUGACUCCAGUCAGGGUUACUAUGUUGCACUUGAUGUCGUUUCCCAUUAACCCCAGGGAGAGGGGGGGGAUUGUUAUCGGAGCUGGUGUGCUUGGCUCUUGUGGGCCUUUUUAGCACUGUAAUGGCCGUCAGUGUAGGAGAACUACAUAUAACUUAAAUGAACAGUCUUAUUAACUUAAAAUAUUUAAACUAAUUAAACUAAGGCCUAUGAGUCCGUCGGUUAGGCAGUUCGUUCAGGUUUUGGUUUUCGGGCCUCUGCUUGUUCCAGGGGUUGCGGAUGAAUCUGUGCUCGUUGUCCCUGGUCGAUGAUCUGGUUGUAUCGCUGAGGUCGCUGCGAGGUUUGAUAUUCCCAAUGCGUUCAUCAGUGCUGGGCCCUCUGUGUGGUCGGUGGCCCUGUAGUGCUUGUCAUCUUUAGUGAUCCAGAGAGUUCCUGGUGUUGCCCAUCUAUAGGCGACUCCUGCGGCUUGGAGUUGUUUGGUGAUUGGUUGCAUACUUUUGCGCCAUAUCAGUGUGGCCCUGCUCAAGUCCUGAAAGAAAGAGUUUGCUGUCUUCAAAGUCAAGAGGUGUCUUCCCUUGGAUAGCUGCCAUUAGCCCCAGUUUGUCCAACAUUGAUUGGCACCUCAAUAUUAUGUCCCGUGGUGCUGACUUGGGUGCUUUUAGUCCCUUUACCUCCCCUUCUACCGCCUGAGUGCGCAUGGACACGGCGUGCACGUCUAGUUUAAGCACUGCCAGGUCCGCUUCCCACAUUUGUCUUAAGUGAUUAACUGAUUUUAUGGUUUUUAAUCUACUUUGGUCCUAGAAAGUUCUUAGGCGUCCUAAAAGGUUAAUGGGCAAAAGCUGAGAGGCAAACCUGCGUGCAUCUGGAAAGAUAAACAUCAGGGUUACUAACAAGAAGGGGUGCUGUGCUUUUAAAAACAUUUAAAAUAGUAAUUUUUUUGGAGAUCAUGUCAUUACAGAAGUAAUAACGUACUAAAAUGCAAACAUCUUUCUUUUGCAAUAUCAGAAGAUGCAAAGCAACUGCAGAUGACAAAUUUUGUUUGGAAAGUGAAGUGGAACUUGUUACUGCAGAACCAACCAGCAGAGGAGUCCCCUUCAACAAGUCACUCUCAAAAGGCUGGAAAAAAGGAAGUUUAAGCAAGAUUGGUGCAAGGAACUCACGUGGCUAAAAUUUGACCAUAACAUGGGUAUAGCCAUAUGUGAGAUCUGUGCUUUCUUCCCUGGCAUUGCUGACCAAGCACCUAAGUGUGUGAAAGGGUUUUCAAGGCCAUUUAAACUGGUGACCUUCAAAAAAACAUGGAAAGUCUCUACAGCAUGAAAAAUGUGUAACGGCAAAACAUGCUCUGUUGACUCCAGAAGCUACGCUAUUGGCUGCAUACAUUAAGAAAAUGGAUCAAGGGAUGUUUAACCACAUGAAGGUUCUACUAAAUGCGGCUUAUUAUAUGUCAAAAAACAGGCCAUAUACAGAUUUUGAAUGUUUGCUAGAGAUGACUGGGAAACUAGGGAUUGCUGUGAGAGAUGAGUAUGCAAAUGACGAGAGAUGCAAGUGAUUUAUCUCACAUAUUGCAACUGUAAUAAGGAAAGAACUCCUCUGCAAGCUAAAGAAGGUGAAAUAUGUCAGUUUGAUGCUAGACGGAUCAACUGAUUAAGGUGGCGUCGAAGAGUUAAUAUUGUAAGUCAGGUAUGUCAAGAACAAUAAGAUUAAAUAAUUAUUUCUAUCGGUCGUACCUCUUGAAAUGGGUACUUGGAAACAAUCACUGAAGACACAUGGCCUCUUAGACUGGCUUUCUUCAAGCAAGCUGAUUGGAUUUGGUACAGCUAGUGCUGCCAGCAUGAUUGGAGCUGAAAAAGGACUGGUACAGAAAGUACAGCAAAAUUUCACACAUGUAAUUGGCAUUUACUGUGUUGCACACAUAUUUAAAUUUAAGUGUAUUAAGCUCUCUAAAAGACAGAAAAUGCAUUGAUGGCCUUAACUCUGUUUUUAAAGAUGAUGUACCAAUUUUACCAGUAUUCACCUAAGAGAAUGCGUCAGCUAAAGCAGGUAGCAGAAAUUUCAGUACUUGCAUAACAUAAGAUGGGUAUCAAGCAAAGUCAGUGCUCACUCUGCACUUGUCAAAGGCUGGAAAUGUGUGACAGUCCACCUUGAAAGUGUUGCUGCAGAACAAGGCUUCUGCAGUUGCACAUGGUUUGUUAAAGGAUCACUAUAGGGUCAGGAAAACUAAGCGGUUUUCCUGACACUAUAGUGCCCUGAGGGUGCCCCCACCCUCAGGGUCCCCCUCCCGCUGGCUGAAGGGGUUAAAACCCCUUACCUUUUAGGCAGCUUACCCUUUUCUAGCGCCAGGCUCCCUCGGCAUUGGUGACUUCUCCUUUUUCAAUGCUUUCUAUGGAAAUUAUUAAGAACCCUUUUCUUUUAUUUCAAAGGGAAGAGCUUUUCUUAAGCACAAUUGAGUUACAUAUGAAAAAAUGCAAUUUCAUCGUUAAACUCACUCAAAGAUGUGCCACAACAGCAUGAGGAGAGAUUUAUCAGUGGAACAUCACUUAAGAGUGUAUCAAAACAUACAGUUCCAUGGACUCUGCCAUGCUGCAACUUCUUCGAUCCAACAUGAAAAAGACAAAUUGAUUCAACAUUGGUGUUAAAUAUCUGGAAGAGCGAUUUCUGUAUGAAAAUUGAAUGUUCCACAGCAGUGUUUGAUAGCUUUGCCUGGCCAUCGGGAACAGCAUUACAAGACUAUGGGGUUGAUAACAUUACAGCAUUGGCUCAUCAUUUCCAGAGACAACUCUCACUGCCUGAAAUGCAUGACAAAUGUAUGCAUGCAAUUCACAAUGAGUGGUAUGAAUUUAAAGUCCUUGGCAAAGGGAAGAAACUAAGUGAUCUUCUGGAUUUGACACACUCCAACACAGAUUUCCUGUUUUGGGAAACUUGUUAUCUAUAGUGUCUGUGUUGCCAGUCUCAACCGCACGUUGUGAAAGAGGGUUCAGUUUAAUGAACUUUGUAAAAAAAUAAGUUCAAAUCACCAAUACAGCAAGAAAGUUUAGGUGACUUGUUAAUGAUCAACAUGAAUGGACUAUCCGUGAGGAAGUUUGAUCCUGCAAAGGCUGUCGACCAUUGGUACUUUAAUUUAAAAAAAAUACAAGGCAUGUUCAUGGCCACAAAAAGCCUGAGACUUUCUGUUUUUACAAUUUUUCUCAGUUUUUGUUAGACAUGAGAUUCUUGUAAAGUAGUUAAAAAUGGAGACUACGCAUUAUUAAGACUAUAUGAUCUUGUAGUCAUUAUGGAGCUGGUGGACUUCUGUCUGUACUCAAACAUCAAUGAAAGGGCUGAGUGUGACUGCUUACCAGCCGAGGGUCACAAAUGGUUUUAAACUUGAAACAGGAUGGCACCUGUAGCGUGGUAGUACCAGAACUACUACAAUGACCUUCUUAACCAUAGACUGUCCCUUAAACAUGCAUGAAGUGUCAUUAUACCUAGCAAAGAAUAGCCUUUGACGGCAUCCUUUUGUACAGUUUGGACUGGCAUGUCAGGCAGGGGGCAGGUUUUUUUUUUUUUUUUUAUAUGGUAUCUUCGGUCAUUAAAAGAACACUAUAGGGUCAGGAACACAUAUGUAUUCCUGACCCUGUAGUGUUAAAACCACCAUGUAUCCUCACCUGCCCCCCUAAAAAAACAAAAAAACAAAAACAAAAAAAAAAAGCAACAUUUUACCUUUAUUCCAAUCUGCUGCUGGCUAUGCCCCUGCUCUGCCUGCCUGGCUGACAGUCAGAAGUGGUGUUCUGAGCCUAUCACAAUGCUUUCACAUAGGAAACAUUGGAUUGGAUCAGAUUGUCAAGGAUGCAGAGACCGCAGAGGGUCAGAGACCGCACAAGUCAAACACUGCCCUGGCCAAUCACCAUCUACUCAUAGAGAUGCAUUGAAUCAAUGCAUCUCUAUGAGGAAAGUUCAGUUUCUCCAUGCAGAGGGUGGAGACAGUGAAUGUCAGUGCUGCCCCAGGAAGCACCUGUAGCAGCCAUCUGAGGAGUGGCCAAUUGAGGUAUCCCUAGGCUGUAAUGUAAACAUAGCAUUUUCUCUGAAAACAGGGUUUACUGCAAAAUGCCUGAAGAAAAUGAUUCUAAUCACCAGAACAAAUACAAUAAGCUGUAGUAGUUCUGGUGACUAUAGUGUCCCUUUAAAUUAACUCCUCUUGCAAAGAGCAUUUGCUAAGUUACCAGAUGUUUAUCCAUAUAAAUGCAGUUUAUAGAAAUUAAAAUGACAGUGUGUUUUACAGCGAUACAUUUCAAGGUGAGAAAUGUGUUCAGGCUAGAAAUAGACAAGUGAACUUCUAUUUUGCCAAUUGUAGCUGCAUAUUAUAGAGGAUUCAGUUUUCACCAAUAAUACAUUGUAUGAAAAACUCAAUGUAUAAAUCACUGGUUUUUCAUGAUGCAAAUGUUUGAAGGUUAUUCUGUUUCUUUAAAUAGCAGAUUCAGUUAAAGGAGUAUCAAAUGAGGCUACAUUUAAACACAUAUAAAGGAUCGACCUGAGAUGGCGAGUCAAUUGAAUAUGCGCCACAACAGGCUAGCAGAGCUUCCUCAUUGCACAGGAACUUUGGGGACAGCGCUACUGUAAGGUGGCACAGGCAGUUUUCUUAGCGCACAUGGGCAGCAGGCAUAAUGUCAGAAAAACUGCUGCCCUCAUUAAAAAAAAAAUUAAAAAAAAUUCUAUAGUGGUCAGGUGGUGUGUACUGCCGCCUAAUGCAGACCACAUGAUUGGCACAGUUGCUAGGAUUCCCAGUCUGUGCUCUGACUUCCUCGCGGAGUACCUGAUCACAAAGAGAAGAUCGUGCACUUAACCACCAGUGAAUCAUUAAGACCUCUAUACCACCAGCAACUCAUUAAUAACCCGCUUGAACCCAAAGGGAAAAUCAUCAUUAAAGGACCACUAUAGGCACCCAGACCAAUUCACCUCAACGAAGUGAUCUGGGUGUCUGGUCCCCCUAGUUUUAAUCCUGCAGCUGAAAACAUUGCAGUUUCAGAGAAACUGCUAUUUUUACACUGCAGGGUUAAUCCAGCCUCUAGUGGCUGUCUCACUGACUGCUACUUUCGUGAUUUACACAGAGUAAAUCGUACUUAUUUAGAUCCCCAUAGGAAAGCAUUGAGUAAUGCUUUCCUAUGGGUGGGUUUGGGUGCUUGCGCGCAUCUGGCCGUGCAUGCGCAUUAGGCUCCACUCAGGAGCUGAUGUGGAUGGAGGAGGAGAGGUCCCCAGCGCUGGAUUAAGGUAAGCAAAUAAAUGGGUAAUUUACCUAAAUGGUGACUAGGCUUGUAUAGCGUUAGGAAUACAUAUUCCUAAUGCUAUAGUGUUCCAUUAACACCCAGACCAUUAGGAACAAUGGCAUCCUCCCUGCAAAAAAAAACAAAAAACUUUAGUCCACUCUCCUGGCUUAUUUCAUUUUAUUAUGCACACAGCCCACAGCCUGACUUCUGUUUACAUGUUUAAUUGCAGUGUUGGUACUUGGGUUCAGAAAUGUUUGCCUUUGCUGCUCUAGGCAGUAAAACCCAUCUCAUACAAUUGUUUAUAGAGUCCUGGUCCGCUGGUGUUGUUCCUUUAGUCAGGGUUAAAUUUUUUUCAAACGAACACUGAUUGUGGUUCUCUGGCCACCUACAAACCUUCCCCUUCUUUAGGUACAAAUAAAGCCUAGAUUUAAUAAUGCUUUAACAUACCAUUUCAUACCAUAAAUGGGAGAUGUGAUGGGCUGAAAGCUGACACUGUCACACUGCUGUCCUUUGCUAUUUAGGAUACUGCUUCCUCAUUAUCCCAAGUCUUAUAGAGGAGACAGGCCGCUGGGGACUCUCAUUUAGUGUUAAAGUAUUCAAAAACAGUUUAACACUAAACAGUAUAGCACAAGGUGAUUCCAGGCACUAUGGCCACUAUAAUAAAUGGAAGCGGUUAUAUUGCCUCGUGUCAUUUUAAGCUGAUUGUAAAACAACUUGCAAGGCUUCAUAUGCAUGCUGAGUGUUUUCAAGAUUUUGAUGGAGAAAGGAAACACGAAAAACUUUUUCAAUGGAACCUUUUGCUCAAUUCAGCGAGAGAACAAAAUGAAGGGUAAAUGCUUGUGUAAGUGAAUAAAAUAUGUGGAUUCUUAGCUAAUCUAAAAUUAAUGCAUUUGGUGUAAAUGGCCCUUAAAGUAACUUGACUUGAUAUUGCCUUCUUAAAUAAAAAAAUAUUAAUCUGCUUAUUCAGUUGUUAAUGCAGGUUGUUGUUUUUUAUUUUGUUUUUACAGGAUGCAAGAUUUAGGAGUUGUGGUGGAUUUUCUGCCAGUUCUUACCAAUAGGUAUUGUCCAUAUAUUUUUGUCUUGAAAUGUUUGUGGUACCUUUGCCCUAUAUGAAAUGAACCAUAACCUUUUCUUUUAAAGCCUACAAGAAGAUAAAUCCUCUGUGUCUAUGGGCUGCUGUGUGGAUCUUCUCCCACUGGUCAAGUCACUUUUUAAAAGUAAAUAUGAAGAGUAAGUAUUACAUACUUCCUAUUACUGUGAUAUAAAUUGGAGACCUUUGAGAUCCAUUGAGUCAAUUACUUCAGGAUAACAGGAGACACAAUCUCUGAAAUGUAGCUCACCAUUUCCCCCCUGACAUGUUGGGUCAUCCACCAAUGGAGAAGGUAGAAGGAAAUGCCGAAAAGAGGAGAGGGGAGGAUCUAAAGGAGAAUAGAGAGAAGAGAGGGGGGAGGGGGGGAGUAUGGGGCAGGUGUAGAUGGACUUGUGUACAAUGGCAUGUCAGUUAGGACGAUGGGCUGGAAAUCCUUUGGAGUUGGUUAAAUGUUUGUUCCUUGUGCAAGUUUAGUCUAGUGUAAGUGUGGAGAAAAAUUGUGAAAUCCUGCUCCUCUGGGUGAUGGGCCCACCAGCAAUAAACAAGGCACAUCUCAACUAGAACAGAGUGUGCACUUCCCAGUUGAAAAGCAUAACUUGAUUUAGUCUGCGAAGAGGAAUCAAGCCUCUGAUCAAGAGGGAGAUGUAGAUUACCCUCAGUGAGUACUGCAGAGGUGAAUGUCUCUAAGGAUUUCAGAUUUUAGAAAAACAUGUUGUAAUUUAGUGUGUGCUUAAAUAACUGCGAUGGUGUAUUCGUAUUCCAGUAUUGACAGAUAUACAAAAAGAAAUCGACCAAAAGCGUCAGUUUUCUGGUCAGAUGAGACAAACUGUAAAGUUCUGGCCAUAAGUAAAGCCACUCUAUUUUUUUUUUUGUGUUAGUAUGGUUUGCUGUAUUAGAAGGGGAAGUUUUUGUCUCCCAAUGAGACCUGCUAAACCCCGCUUGAAAUGGGUCUCUUGUAUAAAUGCUACAGAGAUGAUUUGUUUCUGUAGAUAUGAGUAAUUUGGAGCACUUCUCAUGCUUAUUAAGCCGCUGUAUAUUAUAUGAAAGUCAUGCCAAAGGUGUGGAUAGAGACGGUGGAGAAAGGGGGAAGAGAGAGGGGAGGGUGGGGGAGGGCAGAUUAACAAAAAAGAGAAGCCUGAAGCAGGAGAAAGGGUUAGAAGGGGAAAGAGAAUUGACGGAAAAGAGAAAAGGGGGAUAAAUGGAAACAAAAAUUUAGAAUGUAUAACUAUGUACAAGCUGUCUGGUUAGUAGGAGACCUUACAUUUCAGGAAAAUAAGAAUAAGAGAGCUAAGGGGAGGAAUUGCCCUGGUGCACUCACUUCCACUAGGGUCAUGUUCCUGGCCAAUUACUUAUUUAAUUACUUACUUAAUUUUCAAAAGAGAGGGGAGUAUUUAUCCUUGAGUGUCCGUGAGUGUAAUGUUUGAUCCCUUAAAAAAACAAAACACCCCAAGCUCCACAACCACUACAGCUGUCAUGGAUUCAUCCCAUGGUAAAAAGUCAAACCAUUUGCAAAUAGUAUAAAAACUUACCUGCGGUGUGCCGAUCACCUCUCUGUUGGUGUCUGGCUCUGCAGGACUUGGAUCAGGGGAGUUAAAAGAAGCUUAUGCAAACCAUUUCACUGGAUGCCCGGGCACUUUCAACACCAAAACCACUACAGCAUGCUAUAGUGGUUAUGAUAAAAUUACCAGAAAAUAUGAAUUGAUAAAAAUACAAUCUAAAAAGGUGCUACUAUCACCUAUAUGGGCCACUGCACCACACAUGCAGAAGUGAAGUACAAACAAAUAAAAAGUGGUGAGAGCACACAAAGUUAAAAAAAUAUUACCACUUUACACUAAUGAAAUCCUGCAGAGAAAGACCGGAAACAAACAUAGUAAUGAUAAAAUAGUAAUGAUAAAAUAUAAAACUGUGGAUGAUUGGUCUCGCUCACAUAUUACUGAGCCACUUGAUGUAAGCUGGUUCUGACUAAAAGCGUUGAAUAGACUGGUGAAGGUUGGCACUGGAUACAAAAAACUGCAGUCUUCCCUGUUCUUUCCUUUAUAAUAGAAUGCAGGAUCUUAUAAAAAAUAUUUAUUAAACAAACUGGAAAAUACAGCAAUAAAGUCCAAGUGCACUAAACCGCCACAUCACAGUAACACUGAUGCGUUUCGGCUGAAGCCUUUUUCAAAGUGUACGUCUAUUCAGGGCUUUUCUUCCUUUUGGGGGAAAAAAGGAAAGCCCUGAAUAGACAUACUGUGUGGGAGAUUUAGAUGGUACAGGUCUCAAAGUAGUUGUUGAAAAAAUAAAUCUCUCCCUAGAUAGUCCAACAUCCUCAAUAUGCAUUAAACUACUUGUUUCCAAGUGGGCAGACCCCUGGGUGGAUCAGAUGGGUUUGGCCUGGCGGUUUAUUGCCCACUCCAUAUUUUCUUAAAGCAUGUCCUUUAAAGAACCUAAAGACAUAUACACCAAUACCUUUUAACAUGCCCUGUGUCCAGCUCUGGUGAUGGUUAUCUAGUAGUUUUAUGGCUUAGGCCUGGUGUAAGAUCAAAGCCAACUCAUGCUUUGGCAUGACAGUGAGACCCCUGGUCACUUAAUGUGUCACACCCAGGGAGUCACCUUUGUAUAGGUACUGUUCACAGGGUCUUCAUGGGAAGGAGGCUGCACCCUUGGCCUAAAAUAUUAGCAUAAAAUCUAAAGCAGGCUCUUUCCUAACUGCUGUGAAAGACAGGAAAAAAAGACUGCUUGAUGGGGAAGGGUGACUAACCCAUAAUCAAUGCUUUCAUGACUUAAAACAACACUAUCGUGUUAAGAAUAAAAACUUGUAUUUCUAACGCUAUAAUGCUGGAGUAUUAGUUUAGGUUCCCAGCCCCCCUCAGUAAGGAGUUAACAAAUAAUUCAUUUACUUAUCCUCCAUUGUGGCGCUGGUCCUGCAUCCAUAGAUGAGAUUAUCCAUCUUGCCGUUCUCAGCCAAUUAAAUGCUUUUCUGUAAAGCAUUGGGAGGCUGCUGCACCAAUCAGCAUCUCCUCAUAGCGAUGCAUUGAAUUAAUGCAUCUCUAUGGGGAGUGUUCAGGGUCUCCAUGCUGAUUGUGGAGACACUAAAAAUAGGUGCUGCACACAGUGCAGUACUGACAUAGGAAAUAACUCUAGAGGCCAUCUGAGAGACUGUCACUAGAGGGGUUACUAGGCAGCAAUGUAAACACUGCCUUUUCAUUGCUCAGCCUGCAGGGCUGAAGUGGUUCUAGUGACUAGAGUGUUCCUUUAAUCAGGAAAGGAAGUUUUAAUUAUUUAUCAUUUUGACUUGUAUAGCUUCUAUAAAUGUAUUCCAUAUGUGUGAGCUUAAUUAUGGAUUAUGAAAAGUAAAGGUGGUCUUAAAGUGAGUAUUGUUACUUGUGUCUUGGAGAAGAGUAACUUCCUACAUAUGUUUUUUUUUGUUUAGAUAUAUAAUAGUCGGUCUGAAUUGGCUUCAGGCUAUUGUGAAGAGGUGGUGGACACCGUUAUCUGCAAAUUCGGAAAGUCCAGCAGAUGAGUAAGUACUCUUAAUUUUCAGAUAUGAAGGUCAAUCCCUUCUGUAGCAAAAUUAAAUGGAUGUAUACUCAACUCGGGAAAUCUUACUUAUUUAUUAUUUAUUACUGGCAUUUAUAAAGCGCCAACAUAUUCUGCAACGCUGUACAAUUGGGAAAGAGACAAAACACAAUUAGAACAGGCUGUGCCUGUGAGCUUACAAUCUAAAGGUUUAAAAUUGGGAGAUGAGACAAGAGGUAGCAGAGGACAGAGAGAGUUAAUGUUUUAACUGCAGCAGCUGAUAACAUGAAUGGAAUUAGGAGGUGAUUGGCUGUGGUUCCAAACAGCUGGAGGUGCAUGCUAUAUAGUUAGAAGGAACGCGGGUGGGUAGAGUUGAGUAAAAUUAAAUGGCCUUCAUAUUGCAGGGAUGGAUGGUUUGGGUCUAUGGAAGAGAGCUAAGACAGUUACUUAAAAUGAAUUUAAUGCUGGGAGUGGCAAGCGGGUGGGAGGAGGAAUGGAGAAAAUGUACAAUGUUGCCUAUAGUAUCUCUAUGGACAAUACUUUUAUUGUAUUUUAUUCCUCUGGAUAUGUAAGAAAAGGGGAAAAAAGGCAAUGUAACUCAAGAUAGGCAAGUCACAAGGCCUCCACAAGUUGCGUAGAGCUAGACUGAGUGAGCUUUUCCUGCUUUAUCCCAUCCUUUUUCUCAUACUGUAAAAAGGUUCCUCCACAAAUUAAUCCUCCUUUUUUUGUAAACUGUAUUUGCUUACCUGAAAAUCAUUUCUAGAUAAUUUAAACCAGAUUGUAAAUAAAAUUUGCUUGUUUACUUUUUAUGUUGCUUCCUUGCUUAAUGGACCAAAGCAUCAGAGAUAAAAUGAGCUUCCUGCAUCUGCACUAGGCAGCGGUCAGCAACCUAUGGCAUGUGUGAUUGAAGCUGCCAGAACCAAACAUGCUCUGGCCUAUCAGGAGUCCCAGUGGGACUUCAGAUAUCUGCAGAGCUGCAGUAGAAACCUCCCAUUCUAUAAAUAAUACAAACAGCCCACAUACACAACACCACUGACAAUCCACAUGCAUGCACACAACCCCUCAAGCAGCCUCUCACAUGCAAUACAACAAGCAGACAGACACAAAUACACAAUGUGACAUAUCAUCCAAACACACAAUUCUACAAUCUGCCCCCAUGCACAGCCCACGUUCAUAGUUAUUUUACACAAUACCACAAACUAUUCAUUAACAUAUACAAUAUAACAGCUCAUAUAUGCACAAACCUAACACUACAAAGCAGCUUCAACAGAUCUUAAUAACACAAGAAUACGGCAACAUAUACACCUCAAUUUUAAAAAAAAUGGACCGGCACGCCAAGUGCUGUUUUAGUUUUAAAUUCUUACAUAGUUCACGAAUAAUUUACAGUUUUUUAUGCACAUCUAAACUGUUAAUCCUUAUCCAAAUAAUCAGAACACUCUUUCUGUUUUUGUUUUUAGAAAUGUUCUCAUUUUAAAACACCAAUUAAGUGCUAUGUGGAAACAAGAAAAUCAUCUGACCUCCUUCCCUGGUUAUACUGGGAACAUAGCAAAGGUAAAUAAUUUAAUAUUUCAACUACCUGCUUUAUAACAAACAUUUUUAUAGUUGAAAACUUUGCAGUUGCAGUGAAUGCUUUAUAUAGCCUUUCAUGUUAAGGAUAGCAGUAAUAUCCUAGUGGUAUGUUGCUUUUUAAUGGUGAGCAUUUAAUUUGGAUAAGGCAAAAAUAUAAACUGAUUUACAGGGACACUGCAGACCCCUAAAGCCCUUUAGGUUGCUAAAAUGCUGUGUGUGUAAAGAGUGUGUCCUUUUUUUUUUUUUUUUCAAAGAGGGCCGAUUUUCAAUAUAAAUGUAUAAAUUAUUUUGGUUACACUCCUCUGACUUUUCAAGCAGACAAUGGGUUCUAUUACUUCCUGGUUCGGUUAGAUUAGCUGUACUGAACUCAAGAGGCAACAAUUGCUCAGAGCACCUACAUUGCAAAGUCUGUGAUUGAACAGUCACAUAAAGUCUGGGUGCGGUUAGAAGGGGAGGACUUCCAAAGGCAGCAGGCUAGAGAUAAGCAGUUUUUGCAAGCUGUUUAUAGAUAUAACUCCAAUGACAAAAAUGCAUAAUUAAAUGCUUGCAAGUUUUCAUUUUGGGUGUAUAUACUUUUUAUUUAUUUUGUAUUUGGGAAGUGGAGAGUCCCUUUAAACACUUACUAGGGAUCGACCGAUAAUCUGUGAACUUUCAGGCCGAUAGCCGAUAACUUGACGAUAUUCUGUACAUUUACCAUUUUUAAAAAAUAAACAAAUUCUAAAGGUAAAUGCACAAAAUAUGCAUGCCACAUUUAGUGGAUGAAGUGUGUUUAGACAGGGGAACUGUGUGUGUAGUGGAUGCAGUGUGUAUUUGUGUAGUGUGUGUGUAUAUAAUAAAUGUAGUGUGUUUGUGUAGUGUGUAUAUAUAGUGAAUGCAGUGAGUGUGUGUGUAGUGUGUAUAUAUAGUGAAUGCAGUGAGUGUGUGUGUAGUGUGUAUAUAUAGUGAAUGCAGUGAGUGUUUGUGUAGUGUGUAUAUAUAGUGAAUGCAGUGAGUGUUUGUGUAGUGUGUAUAUAUAGUGAAUGCAGUGUUUGUGUAGUGUGUAUAUAGUGAAUGCAGUGAGUGUUUGUGUAGUGUGUGUGUAUAUAGUGAAUGCAGUGAGUUUGUGUAGUGUGUGUAUAUAGUGAAUGCAGUGAGUUUGUGUAGUGUGUGUGUAUAUAGUGAAUGCAGUGAGUUUGUGUAGUGUGUGUGUAUAUAUAGUGAAUGCAGUGAGUUUGUGUAGUGUGUGUGUAUAUAUAGUGAAUGCAGUGAGUUUGUGUAGUGUGUGUAUAUAUAGUGAAUGCAGUGAGAGUUUGUGUAGUGUGUGUAUAUAUAGUGAAUGCAGUGAGUGUUUGUGUAGUGUGUGUGUGUAUAUAUAGUGAAUGCAGUGAGUGUUUGUGUAGUGUGUGUGUGUGUAUAUAUAGUGAAUGCAGUGAGUGUUUGUGUAGUGUGUGUGUGUAUAUAUAGUGAAUGCAGUGAGUGUUUGUGUAGUGUGUGUGUAUAUAUAGUGAAUGCAUUGAGUGUUUGUGUAGUGUGUGUGUAUAGUGAAUGCAGUGAGUGUUUGUGUAGUGUGUGUAUAUAGUGAGUGUUUGUGUAGUGUGUGUAUAUAGUGAAUGCAGUGAGUGUUUGUAUAGUGUGUGUAUAGUGAGUGUUUGUGUAGUGUGUGUAUAGUGAAUGCAGUGAGUGUUUGUGUAGUGUGUGUAUAGUGAAUGCAUUGAGUGUUUGUGUAGUGUGUGUGUAUAGUGAAUGCAGUGAGUGUUUGUGUAGUGUGUGUAUAUAGUGAGUGUUUGUGUAGUGUGUGUAUAUAGUGAAUGCAGUGAGUGUUUGUAUAGUGUGUGUAUAGUGAGUGUUUGUGUAGUGUGUGUAUAGUGAAUGCAGUGAGUGUUUGUGUAGUGUGUGUAUAGUGAGAUGCAGUGUGUUUGUGUAGUGUGUGUAUAGUGAAUGCAGUGAGUGUUUGUGUAGUGUGUGUAUAGUGAAUGCAGUGAGUGUUUGUGUAGUGUGUGUAUAGUGAAUGCAGUGAGUGUUUGUGUAGUGUGUGUGUGUGUAUAGUGAAUGCAGUGAGUGUUUGUGUAGUGUGUGUGUGUAUAGUGAAUGCAGUGAGUUUGUGUAGUGUGUGUGUGUAUAGUGAAUGCAGUGAGUUUGUGUAGUGUGUGUGUGUGUGUGUGUGUGUAUAGUGAAUGUAGAGUGUGUAGUGAAGUGAAUGCAUUGUGUGGGGGGAGGGGGGGCAUUUUUUUUAUUUUUGUUUUUUUUAAUAUUUAAAUGUUUUUUGUUUGUUUUAGUCCCGCUUCCCUGCUUCUUACAGGGGAGGGGGGGAUAUAGUAUUCCCUGUUGGUCCGGUGGCUUGUUUAGUAUUGGGUGGGCCCGCAGGAAGCUGUUUCUUACCUUUCUUGCAGCUCCCCAGUGGUAACCCAUGGCAACGCUCUGAGGCCGCAGGUCUCGCGUGAUUUGCACUGGGAUCUGGAGGAGCUGCAAGAAAGGUAAGAAACCAUUUCCUGCGGGCCCCCCCAGGACUGCCGGGCUUGUAAUGAGCCUGGCGGUCCUAGAAGGUAUUAUUGGCAAUAUCGGUAUCUUGCCGAAAAUACCGAAUAUCGGCUGAUAUCGGUUGAUCCCUAACACUUACUGUGAGGGGAGGUAUGGUUCUCCAGCUCUGCAAAGAACAGUUUCUCAUCUGUAGAAAUAAAAGUCAAAAUAUUGAACUGAUUUUCUAUUUUUUUGCUUUCUGAUAGGAUUUGGACGGCUAUUUAUCACAGCUCCAUUGACCUGGAUUCUUCAUCAGACUAUGUGCUUUCUUCUGAAUUUGCAAGAUAGUGGACAAUUCUUGCUAUGGAUGCUACUGAAGUAACCAAUAUUGGAAACAAACAAUAUAAUAAAACCACUAACUCAUCGAAAAUGUGAUCGUUCACGCAUCCAUUAUGAAUCCACAAACGAAACUGUGACUGCCUGCUUCAUAUUGAAGUAGUGUUAUCUCAAGAUGGCUUCUUUGACUUAUUUUAAGGAAUAGUCCUUUAUUUUUGGACAUGUGAAAAAGUGUAACUCAUUACCCAAAGGAUAAUGGAAACCAUUACAUAAACUUCACUGGGAUCAUGUUUGAUGGACCGCUGCCAUCUGAGCAAAAUGCACUUCGUAAUGCGUAAGAGUCCGUGCAAACCUCUGUGCCUCCAUCUCAUUGGUACACUUAGAUGUGGACUCUGGACAUUGCAGCUAUUUUCUGUUUGUGUUUUAUUAUUAUUAUUUGAAGCGUAAUAUUAAAAACAUUUUUUUGCAAUAGAAUAAAA